AUGACCAGGUGUGCAGAAACAUUUAGGCAUACAGGUUUUGCUCUUCAACAAACAAACAUUCAAUUCCAACAUAUUUCUUCCAAGCCAAAUUACCCUCAAUCUGAGGAAUGUGCUUUGCACAUCAAGCUUUAGAGCUGGAACACGCAAAUUGUCUAUGCCUAGAGGAAACUAAGAAUACUCCCACAGGUACUGCAAAGCCAUCCUUGGGGAGAAAGAAGCUUGGAGAACAUGGGUUGUAUCCAGUGCUGCAUGAGUAGAGUACUGUUCAUGCAAUGGGAGCUUUCCCUUCCUCUCCCUGGGUGCCCCCCAAAUCUGCUCCAAAUUGUCCCCCCCCAAUCCUCUCUAGGGCAGAUUUUGGGGGUGUGCAGGGAAGAUUCUGUUCCCAGCCACUGCAUGCAUCAACAGGAUAUGCUUAUGUACCUUCUGGUCCCUUCUGUUCUGCCACCACCCCCUUCCAGCACCCAAAACUGUGCACAUGUCAGCAGUCCUGAUCUCAUGCAAGUGGGGAGUUGCCUGUACUGUUCUUUAUCCAAAGAUCCAAGGGCAGGGUACAACAUUAAGAACAUAGUUUAUGAAGCAUAAUAUUAAUAAAUGCAAUACAGAGCACAAUAAUAGUCAGCAUAAUGAUAAAAUAAUAACAUUUAACAGGCCAUAGAUUAUUUAAUGGCUGAAGGCCUGGGUAAUGAGGAAUGCUUUUGCAUGGCACCUAAAGAUAUGUAACAAUGGUGGCAGGCAAACCUCUCUGGGGACAGCAUUACACAAGCAGGGAGCCACCACAUAAAAGGCCCAUUCUCAUACAGUGGUACCCCGUGUUAAGAACUUUCUUCGUUCCGGAGAUUCAUUCUUAACCUGAAACUGUUCUUAACCUGAAGCACCACUUUAGCUAAUGGAGCCUCCUGCUGCCGCCGCACCGCCACCGUGCUAUUUCUGUUCUCAUCCUGAAGCAAAGUUCUUAACCCGAGGUACUAUUUCUGGGUUAGCAGAAAUUGAGGAGAUUUCACCCCUCCCAUAUCCAAGAAUCUCCUGAGGAGUCUGCUGAUUCUCCAGAGAGGAGGAGGCGUGUUCUGCUCUCUACUUAUUCUGCUCCAGCACCGAGUCAGUCAGUGUCGGAGAGAGAGAGAGAGAGACUGAGUGUUAGAGAUCGUGUGUAGAGAUAAGGUUGCUGCUAAGAGCAGCUGCAGACACUCAGUGCAGUGUAGCAUUUAUUUAUGCUUAGACCUAUUUAGCUCUGUAUAUAGUUGUAUAAUAGUUGUAGAUAGAAUAAAGAAGAUAUUCUACAGAGCUGCUCUCCGAGUUGUUUAUAUACUCUGCUAGAGUCUGCUGUACUCUGCUGUGCGACGACUGUCUUCUUGUGGAAGUGAAUCCGGUGCUCACAACUCUAAGCUGUGAGUCCACAGCACUUUGACCUGUUCCUGUGCAGAAGGUGGUCUCUGGAAGCGCUACCCAGCUCGCCUAGCCCAGUCGGGGCUGAAGUGGAUGAGUCCAGUUGGUGGCACUGGCUCAAGGGCGAUGCUGACAGAAAUAGUAACCUGAAGUGUCUGUAACCUGAGGUACCACUGUAUUGUCCCUCUCCAAGCCUCUCAGGAAGUGGAGACACAAAGAGGGGCCUGAUCACAGGGUCCAGUUUGGUUCUUAUGUGGGGAGGUGGUCCUUAAGUUACUGUGGUUUUGAGCCAUGUAAGGCUUUAUAGGUCAACACCAGCACUAUUGAAUUGGGUAUGAAAACUAACUGGCAACCAGGAUUAAACCAUGAAGAAACCUUGGUUAGAGCUUGUGGUUUGUUGGGAGCAAAAUGAAGAGCCAGGAUUUAAACACAAUGUUAAACCAAACCAUGGCUUAGCCUCUAGUUGCACAGCAGGGGAGAAGAGCAGUGACUAUAAUCUGGGAACUUGCACAUUAGGCUUUUUGCACCACGUGAUCAUUGACUUCUAUGGACCAGUGCUGGGCCACAGUAUGUGCAGACCCUCCAAGUGUCCCUAUUUUCCAUGGACACCCCUGAUUUAGAGAAGCCGUCCCAGUUUCCGAUUUGAUCCCGGAAUGCCCCACCUUUCCUUAGGAUGUCCCUAUAUUCAUUGGAGAAAUGUUGGAGGGUAUGGAGUUAUCCAACCCCAGAGCCAUCUGGAGGCAAUCCUGUAUAGGGAAGUAUUUUCAAUGUUUUAUUAGGUUAUUAUAUAUUUUGGAAGCUGCCCAGAGUGGCUGGGGCAACCCAGUAAGAUGUGUGGAGUAUAAAUAGUAAAAUUAUCAUUAUGGAAUGGGACAUCCCUAUUUUCAUCAGACAAAUGUUGGAGGGUACGUAUGUGUCCCAGCAAUGUUCGCAAACCUUGUUAGGGUGGGGAACACACCAAAAAUUGGAUUCAUUUUGGAGUGUGAGGGGUGUUCAUUCUAAGAACUUUGUGGGAGUGGAGGCCUUGCCACUGAAUGUGAGGUGAUAAAUGAUCUUUCUUUUUUCUCACAGCCCACUGAGAGCCAGAUUCCACCCAGAGGUUGCUCACAUGCCGAUGCCAAAUGCACAGAUCAUCCCCAAUAUGGGUUUGUUUGUUUGUUUGUUUGAACACGUUCCACUGCUGCUGUUUGAGGAUUCGUUGUCUCUUUACUUUGCUUAGUUUUGCUUUUCGUUUCUGCGAAAAGCUUGCUGUUGGUUUCCUGCCUCCGGCGCUGACUUUGCACUUCUCCUUGUACAGGACUGAUGUUUGAUGCGCUCCAAUUCUCACACGAUGCUGUUUCUUUGUGGGUUGGGUGCUGCUGGGGCUGGGGUGUGUGUGUCUCUCUGUCACUUUCUGAUUUGCUGAUCCCCCACUCCUAAAUUCUGUUGCAGAUGGACUGGGGUGGUUUUUUUUUGGGGGGGGGGAGUUCCUUCCGAUGUGUCUUGGGUGCCCCUUGGCUUUCCUCGAUUAUUUUCCUUUCCGUUGACGCGGAGAUGUGGGUGAUUUUGGCUUUUUCCACUGCUGCCUCCGCUGGUCUCCACUGCCCCUCGCCCACUCAUUUGCUUUCCUGCAUGUGCGUGUGGGGAGUUCUCCUCGCUUCCCGCAUCUCGUGCUCCCUGCCUGAGCUUGCCCUGAGGCUUCUUUGCGCUGCUUGCUUUCCACCUUCUGCGACGAGCAAGCUUGCAGGUAAUGUAAUCGCCCUGUGUCUUGAGGAACACCCCGAUACUAGAUCCUGACUUUCCUUCCGCGUGCUUAUUAUGCGCUCCUUUGUUCUCACCCUCCUUGUGCUCAGCUCUGACUAUUCAGCACUUUCCCAGAAAGGUGCACUUGGCAACCCUGCGGCAGGAAUCGGGGAGCCUGGCUCCUCUGCCGCUGGCAUGGCACGGCGCCACCCUUGCUCUCAAGGCUCCGCGCAGGCCCUCCGGCCUCGCUCUCACAGAGGCUGCAGAAGCACAUUCCCAGAGAGGUGCACUUGGCAGCCUUCCCUGUGCAAAGGCAAUUGGGCAGCCUGAGCCAGUGCGGCUGGCAUGCUGCUCUCAGUCCUCAUUCCAGCCAGCCCACCCCCCAACUCCCCAGCCUUGCUGCCACAGGAGCUUGCAGAAGGCCCGGGAAGCCCCGGGUGAAAGGAGAAUUCCCUUCCUUGCAGGAUGUGCGGUGCUGCUGCUUCUGCCUGCUUCCCUCGGGCGAGCAGAGGGUUAAGCGUGCGAGGCGUCUCUGGGCUGCCCCAGGGGGUUGGCCGUUGCCGCCGCCGCCGCUGACUCCUCCUGAUCAGGAGGACUGGAAGCAGCUGGGGCGGAGAAGAGAAGCCAAGUCUCGCCGAAGCCACAUCGGCUUGCAUUUUCCGCGGCACGCGAGGCUGGGCAGGCGCUGCGCGUCGCUUCUUGUGCGUCUUCUGUUGCAGGUAAUCGGGAUUCGGUUCCUGCCUGGCGGUUCUUUACGACCAGAUUGCAGGAGUAUGUGAGAGGGGUGUGCGCGCGGGGCGGGGGGCUGCUCUGCGGUGGGUAUCUAACGCGCUACAUUGAGGAGCGAGGCGGGGGAGGGUCGUUGCUCCUUUCCCUCCAUUAUUAGGUCGAGGAUACGUCUUUCCCCCUCUUCCGGAUCUUUUGCUUGUUGGGGAUACUUCUCCUUAGUGUUAUUCCCUUCCCUCCCCCCGCCACCGUCCUCUCGAAAUAUUAGUUUUUGGACACGGCGAUCCCACUGGGUUGAUCGCCCCUCUGGGGUUCCCACGUGACGGGGUUCCUUCCCGCGUCGAGUUGUUAUUAAGGGUUGAUCCGCUUUGUGUGGGCACCUGAGGAUAAGGUUGGCGCUAUUAAUUCGGGGGGUGGGAAGAGGGGCCACGUCGUCACAGCGGAGAGCCAGCUUUGAGAAGUAAUAUUAAAACAGGAGUCGUCCGCCUAUACGAUCGCUUCAGUUCCCCCCCCCCAAGUCUCCUUUGCCUUCCUCCCCUUAAUUCUACGCUAAUGAUUAAUCUUUUCUGUUCCAUUUCCUGUUGGCAGUGGUAGGUUUGCUGGGGGCAUAAAGCAGUGGGAGGGGAAAGCUCUGGGUUGUGGGUAGAUUUGCUACGAUUUCUGGCAGAGUUCCUGCUCCUUUGAACGGCAGGUAGAAGUUCAAUAGGUGAAGACUUCCUCCUUUCACCGAAGCAGUGCUGGGAAAUGUUUCCCUUGAGAGUGAAAGGGACUUUCCACUUCAAGGCUGUGGUUUUUUGUCUAAAACCAGCUGGUUUCAGAGCAGCCAGCACCUAUCUGGAAUCAAAGUUCAGAGUCCCCCGCCCACAUGAAGCCAGGCUGAGUUUCUUUUCAGUCCUACAGCCCCUUUCUUGAUCCGAGUCGCAUUCUGGCUGAAAUUGCCCUGUUAAUCUAGAAGAUUGAGAAGGUGGCAUGUCCAGCUGUUAGAAAGCACCUCUUGCUGCAUGGCAUACCCCCAAAUGUUGUGUUUUAGCUAGAAGGCAGAAGUUCAAUAUAUGGCCAUACUCCUGAGAUGAAUGAAAAGACACCAGCUUGAUGUGAGAUGCGAGCAGCAGUGACGCAGCUGUGUGUCAGGCAUGAGCAUGAAGUGGUGGUGUCCUUAGACCUCAGAGUGGAAGAACUAGCUGUGGGCAUGGAGUAUGACUGGGGUGACAGCUGGCUUCAUGGAAAUUUUUGAGUUGGCUUUUUUUUUUGCAAGGGAAGUGAUCUCAAAAAUAGUCACUUUGGGGAUUCAUUGAUAGAGGCUGGAGAGCAAAAGUUGACAACUCAGACUGUCUUGGAAGCAGUUAGAGCACCCCUUUUGCAAUGGCUGCCAGCAUGUGGCACUUAAGAUGGACAGAGCUGCUGGUGUUGGGUGGACACAGUGAUGGAUUGUGUUAUCUGUAAAACGAUACCUUGGUCAUCUAUAGGCUCCCUUGAGAGCAAGCUCCUGUGGCAGUUGUGCUUAGCUUGGGUUGUGUGUAUGUGUGUGUGCGCGCGCCAUUUGUGUUUGGAGGGAUGUGUGUGCAGGCAUGACUCACCCAAGGAACUUGGGGUUUCUCGGAGUGUAAUCAGAAACGUGUAUUGUAAAUAGAGGUGAACUGUUGAGAAGCCUUUCUGGUGUCGACUGCAGCUGUUGCAUUCCAAUGCGCUGCCAAAUCUUUAGCACAGAGCUGUAUUCUGGGCAUGGCAGCUCUGCUGUGUUGCCAUUGUAUCCGAGAAGGAGAGAGCUUCUGAGCCCCUCUGCUGCCAGGAUGUGAUUUUGACUUAUUGUGUUCUACAGUGGAGGAUGUCAAAGUGACUGUGCUGUGGAUGGAUCUGGCCAAAGUACAGUGGUGCCUCGCAAGACGAAAUUAAUCCGUUCCGUGAGAGUCUUCGUCUAGCGGUUUUUUCGUCUUGCGAAGCAACCCUAUUAGCGGCUUAACGGAUUAGCGCUAUUAGCGGUUUAGCGGCUAUUAAAGGCUUAAAGGCUUAGCGGAUUAGAUAAAGGGGGGGGGAAAGCGGAAAAAAAAUCUCAAGACUUGCAAGACAUUUUCGUCUUGCGAAGCAAGCCCAUAGGGAAAUUCGUCCUGCGAAGCAACUCAAAAACGGAAAACCCUUUCGUCUAGCGGGUUUUCCGUCUUGCGAGGCAUUCGUCUUGCGGGGCACCACUGUAAUUGACCUGUCGGUUGGAUGUUCAAGCAUGAUUUGCAAACAUCACCCUUCCAGUUCCUUCUGAGGUGGUACCAUGUGUGCUGUAGCUUGGGAACUGGGAUUCAGUGGUACUGGCAUACUUGAGGAAAUUCUCAGGCAGGGCUGGGGAAGACUAUGGGCUAAUCUUGCCCUGCUGGGGGUCUGAUAAGGGCAGGGCUUCAAUGGGUAGCUUGAAAUGGGCUCCCAAUUGUUCCUUUGUUGGGGCAAGGAAUGCUCUUGCUUACCCUUCAGCUGAUGGCCAGGAGGAGUGUGCCUUGCUGAAGGAGGAGGAAGCAGUUUUCCUUGAAUGGAGACUGCUUCUCCCUCUCUGUGCUGCUCUUUGAAGCGGCCCUUUCAACUUCCAAAACCGGGAGUCGAAAGGAGCAGCUUGCAUAGGACCCAGCUUGGCACACACAGCCAAUGAAAGCAGCUCAUUUUGGAAGCGGUUGCAUUUUGGAAGGACCGACUGUGCAUGGGACUCCUCCUGCAGACAGCUGGUCCAUCCAAAAGGAAUUAAAAAAAAAAAUCCCAGAGGCUGAAACAGGAGCAGGGGCUGCGUGGGUGUCUGAAAGCCCAUUGCAAACCGCAAAAUGCUUUCAAACAGCCUUGGAAGUCCUAACAAUUGGGGCUUCAAAGUGCAGCAUCACCUGAUGUCAUAGUGAUGUCAGGUGAUUGACAGGUGCGCAACCUGGCCACCUGUUACAUUUGGCCUACAUAGCAGUGGGGAGACAACCAAAAAUGCUCCUUGGACCCUGCCCCUGUUCUAUAAGUGCUUCACAUGGAUUUGGGAUGGCAAAUGAUUUUUCCGUCAAGAAGACUGAUGUUUUUGAAUGCUGGUUAAUAAUAUAGAGUGGUUGCUUGCACAAGGAAAUUUCUGAAGUUCAGUAUGCCUCAUCCCAUCCUGAUCUCUGCUUGAGGCAUACAGCAGUCUUGAUGGGGCAUGAAUGUGAUGAGUAAAACUUGGGCAUGGAAGUCUGUGUCUUGUAUGAGAGGAAACAUCUCCAUAUAAACUAAGUUUCCUAAAGGCAUCUGGCUGGUCAAAGGAUGCUGGACUAGAUGGGUCUUUGGCCUGAUCUGGCAGGGCUCCUCCUCUUCAGUUCAGGUCCCUUGAAGUCCACUGAACAUCUUACUUCCUUGCUCGGUUACAUACAUUCUCCUAAUAUGUGGGAUCAUGUGUUUGUUGUUGUUUUUUUUAAUUUCCCCAGCCCUUGUACAUACCAGGUUUUAUCUUUCUCUUCCAGUGAACCCAUGCCUUUCAUUUGUGGCUGUACUCAAAUCUCCAUAUGUUUUUUACUUGCUAUGCUCUGGUGCCAGGGACUGAAUUAUCUCCUAUGAAUGUAGUGGUGGCUUGAACUGGAUGAUGAUGAAUCUUCUCUGCCUCUCAUAUGGUUGCUCUUGUAGUCUUGGGUGCUUCUUGGCUGAGAGGUCCAGCGUGCCACGGAAGCAUAAAGCUGAAGUGGAAACUUCAGGAACUAAUGGCUGGCUGCGCUGUUUUAUGGACAGACUUGGGCACUGGCCAGUGCUGGAUGCUUCCAAGGAAAGUAACUGCUGCAUGUACAUCACGCAAGGCAGAACUGUACUAUAAAAGCACAUGCAAGGCUUCCAGACCACAGAAACUGUUACUAGAUGCUGCCUGGUGACCUGUUUCAGGUGGCCUGCAUGGGCUCCUGGUGUUUGAUGGCAUGCAGGACUCUGCAUUAGCAAGAGGGGCACUACAUGAAUAAGCACUCCUCCUUUACUCAAGCAUUCCUAUUGAGAUACCCAGUUAUUUUGGAAACAUCCCACACUCCUGUGCAUACUAGUGUCAAUAUUUUCAGCUUGCACUGAAAUAAAUGGAAAUGUGUUUCCUGCAAUGCAUGUGUCAAAUAAAAGUUAUAGUAUUUGCUGUAAUCUUGCUGAGGAGGAGCUCCAGACAUCUGCACCGAAUACAGUGUACCUAAACGGGACACACAUACACCGUGCUUAAAUUGCUUCACUCUCUUACAGCAGAAUAUAUUACUCCUAAAUGGAGGAAUUGGAGCUGCACUCUGCAGCAUUUUGAACUCCAAAGCUGCUGCAUUUUUUAAAUAAAAAAAACCGGAAGUAGCACAAAAGUGAAAAAUAACGCUGCAGUGUCUUUACUGAUAUUAAAUGUAGCCUCAAAUUGAUCCAGUGUCCAAAUGCAAGAGAGAUCCCAAGUGACUUAAUCUGCAGUUUGUUUAAGCCCAUCUGUUUUUGAGUAAAGAGAUCCUUAGCACUUCUGCAGUGCUGUAUGCUAUCAAAUGGAAAGCGAGUUCUCUCCAGUUCUGCUUCCCCCCAUUGCAGCAGCCUGGAUCUCUAUGCAGGCACAGAUUUCUCUGCGAUGUACACUUGACCAGAGAAGGGAGGGAAUAAUAAACUGCCUAACUUCAAGAGUUCACAUUAACAUGAAGGUAGCUGAGAGAUUCUGGAAAGUUUUUAUAUUCGUCUACUGUGUACUUUACCUUUAUGCCUAUUGUGUGUAAGGAAAUCUAGGGGGGAGGAGAGGGGGUCUGCAUACCUCAAAAGGGUUUGAGAUCUCACAACAUUGCUUACGAACAAUGGUGAGCUAAAUUACCUGUAUGAGAAAUUGUGUGAACAAGUCCUUAGUAGAUUUGGCAUAGGUCCUAACUGCUGCCAAGUAUUAGGUCUUUACAAAGCUUCAAAGUCUCAGCUGAACCCCUGGCAUCCUUCUUGGUCGAUUCAGCACAGUGAUUGGCAUUCUGAUUCCAAGAGUGAGCAAGGCUGCUGCCUGUGGCCUCAAUUCCUCCCUAUGUAUUGUUGAAAGAUUCAUGGACCUUGUUAUAUCAUCUUUACCUUCUUUAGCGUGCCCUGUCCCUUCUUCCAGUCAAGGGAUCCUGGAAAAGAAACAGUGAAGUACCACGACGGAGAGGUUCUGCUUAAUGUUCAUUCUCUUCCAGUAGGUGUUGCUUUAAAUAGAAUGAGAAUUCUCUCAUCUUUUACCAGCUGGGGUAAGCUGGUAAAAAAAUGAAAAAAAGAUUUGUACUGUAGGAGGUGACAAGUGAAGAACCACAGGACUGUUGUGCAGUGCAAUAUUAGAUUAUGAUGCCCAACUGGACCUUGUCAAUGGGGGAAAAAACUGCUUAUGCCUCUUUCCACAGCAUGGCGCCCUUGAUGUUGUACUAAAAAUUCCACCAAUUUUUCCAUUGUCCAUGCUAGCUUGGACUGAUUGAAGUUCAAAGCAUCUAGAGGACAUCAGGCUGGGGAAGGUUUGCCUGCAUUGCAUUAGCAGCGUUCCACAGAAGAAUAGUUAAGUGUUUCCUCAAACUGUGUGUGUUCUUUGCCUCUUCCAUUCCUGUGUUUCAAGGAUGGUAAAGGUCUAACUUCCACAACAUGGAAAAACUAUCCUGGGAAUGAAGCAAGAGAUCAUCUCGGCCCCUUUAGGGUCAGAGCUCAAGCUGACUUUGGCUGUUCCCCUGACUAUUGUGUGCUGAGCCCUCUGAAGGCCAGCCAAGGCCGUACCUAAUAAAAUCUAUAAACAUUUCCUGUGUAUGCAGUUCUCUGGCUUAAAUGAGGACUGUUGGAUUGACAUGGGGUGGGGACAUUUUAUUUUGAGCAAGGUGGUUGUUGUGUAGAUCUGGAAGAAGCUUUCGCUUAAUCCCUUGGGCCUUAUCCCUAGUAUCUAAAGAUACUAAAAUGAUUUCUAAGCACUUGCCCCUUUCUUUGCAUACCACCUGUUUAAAGGUAAAUUGUGACCAGCUUGGAGUAGGGACCAGUCUUCUUGCUUACACACAAAGAAUUAAUUUGGAUCCUGUCUUAUUUCAAUAAUAAUAAAUCAUACUUGAGUCAGCCUUUCCCAACCUUCCAGAUGUUGUUGGACUACAACUUCCAUCAGCCCUAGUACUGCCUACAUGGACUAGCAGUGGCUCUCUUAAGUUUUCAGAAAGGGGACGUUUCCAACCCUACCUGGAAAUGUCAAGGCUUAAUCCCAGCUCCUUUGGCGCACAUGGCGUGUGCUCUGCCACUGAGCUAUAGCCCUUUCCCAUUGAGUUUAAAGCCUUGGCUUGCAGUAGUUCUUCAGGCUGGUGUCAUUCCUAUCACUUGCUUCCUGGCCUGUUUUCAGCAGGAGCUGCUGGGGAGUAAACUGAGGACCACUUGCAUGUAUGACUGUUUAAUGCCUGCUUGCAGUCUCCUAUGAACAUUUUGUAAAACAGCUUAGCAGUCUUGUGGUUGGCUGUAGCCAUUCCUAUAAUAUGCUUCAAGAAAACUCAACCCUUAUUUGAAACACCGUGUAAACUGCAAAUGGUUGAAGUUGCGGAAUUAUCAUUCAGCUUUUGCAGAGCCUAAAUUAGCAUACAUACAUACAAAGGAGCAAGGAAGGAGAUGAGAUAUAGCAUGACCUGGGGGUGCCAAUUUGAAUAAAAUAUUGGUGGGUGGCCAGGAAAGCCCCACUCUACAUAAUUGAUCGUAUGACACAGCGCGCACACACCAUUUGAAUGGCAAUGCCCACUAGCUUUGAGAGGACCUGGACCCCUCAAAUAUUUUAUUGGGGCUGAAGUGACCUUGGCCCCAUGGAGGUGGCUCCUACGGCAUGCCCCAUUCACAUGUGCCUACACGGCAAUGUGGAAAGGUGUUGAAAUCUGCAGGAACAGUGUCAUGAUCUCACCAUUUGUUUACAAGAACUUGCAGUGGCUGGUCCUAAACCUUCCCAUCAACCUGGUGCCCUCCACAUGUUUUGGACACUUAACUCUCACCAGUACCAUCCAGCAUGACUACUAGUCAGGGAUGGUGGGCGUUGUGUCUUUCAGAUGUUUUGGUUACCAUGCUGGCUGAAAUACGUUUACGCAGGAGUGUGCUGUCUGGGCCUGUAUUCUGAGAUUUAACAUCUCCAAGCCCUUCCAUACCCAUCUCUUCCUUGUUCUAGCCUUAAGCCUAACCACUCAUGGGAAGGCGAAGUGAAUUCAGAAGUCUGUCCACUUCCCACCUGCAAACGUUUUGAGUUUUUGUGGCUAUAGAACUUAAAUGGAAAUACAGUGGUACCUCGGGUUAAGUACUUAAUUCAUUCUGGAGGGCUGUUCUUAACCUGAAACUGUUCUUAACCUGAGGUACCACUUUAGCUAAUGGGGCCUCCCGCUGCCGCUGCGCCGCUGCUGUGCGAUUUCUGUUCUCAUCCUGAAGCAAAGUUCUUAACCCGAGGUACUAUUUCUGGGUUAGCGGAGUCUGCAACCUGAAGCAUAUGUAACCUGAAGCGUAUGUAACCCGAGGUACCACUGUACAAGUGUUCAGAGCUGUGUUAAGAACUUGUCUAAGCAACUUGGAUUACUUCAGAAUUCAGCAAUGCUAACUUAAGCCCAAAGCACCUACUGAAUAAGUUUUAAAGAGAAGAAUGCAAUAGAUCACGAGAGACGCAUCAACGGAUGAAGGAUUUGCCCAUGGAUGAUGAGAAACACCUGUGCAUAAUCUGCAUGUGCUCAUUUAGGAAUCUUGGGUUGUUUUCUUUGCCCAUAAUUACUAGUAUGAUAGUUGGGGCUGUGGGCAAAAUAGUGUUAAAGUCCUGUUAUGGAAAGCUUCAGCACUUGCCGCAUGCAGGGAAGGGAGCUUCAUAUGGCAAUAAUUAAAAGAUGCAUGUGUGAAAGACAGUUGGCUGUGCAAAACUUCCCUCUUCCCCUGCAGGGGAACAGUAAGGAACCAUUUUAGCCUCCGCUAAUUGUCUAAUAACUCCCAGAUCUUUUGGCUAGCUUGUAAAUAUUUUCCAAAUGAGAGUUAAAGCAGCAGCAGUGAGGAACUGUAGUGAGCUAUGUUGCUAAUGUUGAUUUUAGCAGAGACACUUAAGUCAGACAACAUUGUGAGACAACUCAGAUGUCUCAAGGUAGGGUCACCACUAUAAUUAUUAAAUUCCAGAUUUUGCACCCCUCUCCUCCAAAACAGAGGAGUGGGGUGCAGAAGAUGGGGGUGGGAGAGGGCUGGAAAAGGGGAAAUGCUGGAAAAAGAAUUGGCCAGCACAGGAAACCUCAUUCUGCCUAGACUAAGUUGUGUAGAUCAUUAGCAGACGGGAGCUCUCUGAGAGUGAGCAGUGGGGCAGAAACAGGGAGGGAGAGAUUUUCUUCCUGCACUAUUUAGCAUGUGGGUUUUCUUUUGGGCUUCUUUCAAACUGUUGAAGAAUGCAAUGUCCCCUAUGCCUUCCAUUCUUUGCUUUAGCCCUUUGCUUCCUGCAUUCACCAGUAUGAAUUAACAAUGUAUUUUAAUUCAAUAUUAAAAUUAAGCUAAAUGGUUUGCAAGAAUUUCUGAGAAUUUGUCUUUUUUCCCCUGCCACCCCAAAUCUGUUGGAGAAUUCCACACCCCCACACACCCCAGAGACUAUUUGGAAGAUAUGCCUCUCCCUCCCCAAUUUUGCUUCCUAAAAAUGGAAUGGAUAAUUUCUGGGAAGCCAUUUUGGUACACACACACAUGUGCGCUAUAAUGCUAUACAUAUUGUAUAUAUACCAUACAUUCAAUAUACAGCAUUAUUGUAUAGUGUUGCAUAUUGGUGCGUGUAUAGUAUUCUAUAUUGUGCUGUUUUGGCACCAUCAUAAUAUAGCUUUCCUUUUCCUCUGUCUCUCCCUCUCUUCCCUCUCUUGCUUCUUUCCUUCCACACAUAUAGGGCUGCAUGAAGAAAGGGAAAGCAUGCCUCAGGCCUCCGAAUAGUCCUGCCAUUUUUUUCUCCCCACUCCCUGACCUGUCAUCAGGAAAAUUGUCUGGUGUCAAACAUUACGUUAUGGAGAAUGCAAUACUCAUUUGUCUGCACUAUAUACCGUCGUACUUCGGAAGUUGAACAGAAUCCGUUUUGGAAGUCCGUUUGACUUCAAAAACGUUCGGAAACCAAGGUGCAGCUUCUGAUUGGCUGCAGGGUGCUCCUGCAGCCAAUUGGAAGCUGCAGAAUCCCCAUUGGACGUUUGGGUUCAAAAAAUAGUUCGCAAAGCAGAACAGUCACUUCCAGGUUUGCGGCAUUCGGGGGCCAAAACGUCCAAGAACUAAGCUGUUCAAAACCAAGGUACGACUGUAUUUCACAACCUUGUAAUGUUGGCUAUAGACUAAAUUUGCUCCAUCCUUUUCAAAACGUCUCUCUUAAUGUGCAAGUUCAGUUGCCCGUUUCACAGCCAUCUCAUCUUAAGGAAUCAAAUUCUGAAUAUAGCAGCUCCUCAAGGCACUUGUUCCAUUUUCAUGGGGUGAUGAGUGUUUCUGAGCGUGGGGAUUUCUGGCAAAGUCUCAAGCAGGCAUCCUUAUAGUGCCAUCAGUUGUGAGGCAGAACAGUGGUGGUGCUCUGGGCAUUGAGUCUGGGGUUGGAACAGUGGCAGCCAGCAGCUAAUUAAUACUAGAACUGAGGGGAGGAAGGCUUGCUUGGCUGAGAGAUCUUUAUAAACUGGUUUGAGCUCCAAAAAACUUCCCCUCCUCCAUGUUUCAAAGGGGUGCAGAGUGUUCCCUGGAUGGAGUAUGCCUUUGCAAUGAACCACUGCAAUUGAGUUUAUAUCUUCUUUCUUGUUUUGGUGUGUCCCCCAUUCCUCAGUGGCAAGGGCUAGGAGCAUUGACUCGAAUACCAGUGUUCUUUCCCCACCCACAAAUUCCUAGUAAAGGCAAUUUAUUUGCACUGGUGAUAUCCUAUAGCAAAAUCUGAAGAACUGAUUGGAUGUUUAGCAUUACCAAAGCUGAAAGCUAAAAAGGGACAUUUAUUAACUUCAGCUGUUUAAAAGUACAAAACUCGGACUACACAGAGGUGGUAUUUUUUGUGCUCCCCAAAGUCCCCUUCUUACUCUGGAAAAAAAAUAUAUCAUGGGUGAAAAUUGAUGCAGCUGUGAAUAUAGUUUCAUUGGUAUUACAACAUGCUGCUUUAACAACAAAUGUGUUGCACAAUGCUCUUAUAUUACUGCUGUUCAAGGUAACCUUUGCCUGCGUUAAAUUCAACACUUGGACUGUUAUAAAACUGCUAUAUCCGGCUAGCUAGUAGCUUGCUGUCUUUAAUAGGGCCCAUUUCAUACCUACAUCUCCUAAUGCAAGCCUGCUCUUGUCCCACAUGUUCUUGUCCCAGUCUUCACUCAGACCACUUCGUUUGACUGAACCGAACAUGCUGGCUGAAAAGGGUCAGGUUCAGCUGCAUGUAGUAUGAUCAGGGUCGUGUCCCAAAGCUCCCUUCGGCCCCAUACAGCAUGGCCAGGGGCCAGUGUGGAUGGGAGUUGGCCUCUUACAUCUGGAGUGCUGCAGGUUAGCCACCCACAGCGAGACAAAGUGCCCACCAUGAUACUGUUUCUACUGGCCAGUUACCAUGAUAGUAAAGGUGUGUGCCGGUCACUCUAUGGCCAAAUUAUUUCUUUCCUCUGUCUUUGAACAAUUAGAAACUUCAGUUUGCUCAUAGCUGCAGUUAAGUAUCACACGUUCCUUUUUGUACUUAGAGGCGAAGACCUGGGCCAGGGAGCUUGUGCAGCCUGCUUCUGAGGAGACCAGCACUCACCUGGAAUGUGUUCUGUUUUGCCUUGUGUGUUUGCUUGUUUUGGCUUGAGCUUAAAUAGUAAACUGCCCAGAAUGCCCUGGCAGAAAGACAGUAAAUGCCGUUAGUAAGUAAAUAGGAUUGGGCUAUAGACGUGUUGCCUGUAACAAUUGCUCUCAUUAAUCCUCCCACCUGACCACAGCACCCUGGGUGAUGCUAUUCCUGCUACGUUGUUGGUCCUCUGCCACACUGUCUGCUGGAUGGAACUCUAAGCUACAAAGUACAGUUGUACCUUGGUUGACGAACACCUUGCGACUCAAAUGUUUUGGCUCCCGAACGCCACAAAUCUGGAAGUGAGUGUUCCAGUUUGCAAAUGUUAUUUGGAACCUGAACGUCUGACACGACUUCUGAUUGGUUGCAGGAGCUUCCUGCAGCCAAUCGGAAGCCGUGCCUUGGUUUCCAAAUGUUUUGGACGUCGAACGGACUUCCGGAACAGAUUCCGUUCGACAUCCUAGGUACCACUGUACAUGGGAUCUCUGUGUGUGUGAACUUAAGCAGGGAGAAGUCAGCCGCUGUGGAUAUGAAAUAGCUUUAAUGAAGUUCAGAGAACAAGAAUACACGGGUUAAAAAUGGAACUUGUCCCAUGAGGAACAUUUGACAGAAGAACAUGAUGCAAAUUUAACAAAGGAAUAAAUAUGAAGAUACCUAACUUAUCACUUUCUAGUUUGUAACAUCCCAGAACCAAAGUUAGCAGUGCCUGUCAUUUGUUGGCAACAAAUGCUCUGAGACUGGCACUGGGGGGCGUUGUGAUGAGGUCCCCAUUCUAAGUGUGACUUCUGGAGUGUCUUGCUUUCUGUAUGGGUUGUUGGGAUGUUCAAGACACUUAUAAGGGGUAUGGAUAGAUGGACUUUUGUGCAUCCAUGGAAGAAGCAUAUUCUCCAAGACUUCCUUGCUUGUUCAUCUAACCAUAAAUACACCUGAACGCCUGUAGUCUUAUAUCUAUCUCUAGAGCCCGUGAAUGAUCCCUUCGACCUAACUAAUUAUAAAUCUGGCAGGCAAUUCUCUGGGUGUGGGUAAAAUGAUGAGCCCAGCCCUUAACUUUCCCUUGUACUUGUGCACUGAAUAUCUUCUUCAGAGCUUGUUGACGUUAUUGUACCCUGCCCUCUGGCAAAAAGGUAAUUUCUUCCCUGACCCCUGUUGAACUGGAUCUAAAGUUUGUUGUGAGCCUCUCAUUGAGGUAGGAGGAUGUAUUGGUAUUCAACUCUUAAGCUUUAUAUGCCUUGCCAGAAGCUUCUGAGUUGGGUUGAAGGAGCCAGCUCUCCUUUUCUGGAUGUUGAAUCAGCCCUGAUUAACAGCUAGCAACACGCUUCAAGCCAAUUUUUAACAUGCAUGUUUUCCUACACAAAGCACUGCCCACUCUGUUGUGCUGAUGAUCAAAAUUGAAAAUGGAAGCUGGGCUGAAAUAGCACAUGCAUAUAUAUUGCAUAUAUAUUUUUAAACCAUUAAUUCUGUGGGCCACCCCGAGACCUCUGGGUAUAGGGCGGAAUAUUAAACAAACAAAAACUAGGUGAUGUAUUUUUAUGUUUUUAUAUUGCUGCCCUGUGAUUCUCAGUUAAAGGGUGGGAUAGAAAUUUAAUAACAAAUAAAUAAAUAACCAACCUAGUUAUCCUAUCCACAGGUAUCCUAGCUCACUCUGCUACAGUUUCCUUCAUCUCUCCCACUGGGCUCUGCAGUGAAGUGGAUCAGGUUAGUGCAAAGGUUGGCCACUUCUCUCUCCCUGUGUCUAUCCACACACCAGUCCUGAUGCAUUGACAUACUCUUUUCAAAAGCGACCCCUAGUUUUCCCAUUAUUGGUGAAACUGGCCACGGCUCCAUUCCACCCCUCCUGCUCCAAAGUACACUUACAUGCAGGGCGAAGGGGAGUAAACAGAGUAGAGCACUGGAAAUGCUCUUCAGUAGGCGUUGCAAAUCCAGAAAGACUGAAAGGGGGUUGUAAAGCCCCCUUUUGGCAUGGCCAUCCGGUGGAUUUAAAAAAUCCAAUGCACAGGAAUUUAAUCUGCAUUCAAACCUGCAUCUCUCUCUCUCUCUCUCUCUCUCUCUCUUUCUCUUUCUCUUUGGCAUGUGCACCAACAGUGGGGGAGAGCCUCAAAAGCAUUUUAAGUGGAAUUGUGGAAUCUGUCUCAGUGCCUUUCAAAUGGCUGUGUUUCUUUGCAAAUCGCUCCCUGGCUGCCUUUUCCACUUGGCUCAGUCCAAGGGGUUUUUCCUUUUCCUUACUGUACUGAGGCACCGUCCUAGAUAGGGAUAAGUAAAGAGGAUUCCAUGAUGUCUAGAAGGACAACUAAAUCCUUGGCAAGUAACCGCUCUUCCCCUUUCAGACAAUGACAAUAACAGCUUUCAUUAAAAGGGGGAAGGGAUUAUAUUUGUCCUAAAGUUUACAGCUUGAGCUUUUAGGAAGUAGCAUUGCGCUCUUCAAACAACCCGGCCCAUCCUUUUGGCUAAUAUCCUAGAAUGUGCAAGAGGGAGAGGUAGGAUCUUUGCAAAUGGCAACAAUCUUGCUUUUGAGAAUUCCCUUCUGUUAAUGGACUCAUUCAAAUCCUGCUAGAAAGCCUUCCCUUUUUCUUCAGGCAUUGAAUAAAAGAAAUGUCUUUUUUUUGUAGUAAUAAUAAUGUUCCUCUUGGCCGGGUUGCAUUUUUCGCCUGUCAUUUCUAGCGCUGUUCCUGGAAGCGGUGCUGGCGCAGAACUCGACAGCAGGCUGCAAAAUGAGAGCCCCCCCCUGCCCGCCCCACCCCACUUAGGAUGCAAGUUGUGGUGUUUUGCAGCUCUGCACCCUUCUUCUUUCCUGGUUCUGCUAUUAAGACCCUGAGAAACAGGCCUUGAAUGGAAACUCUGGGAAUCUGAGAAGCAGAGAAGAAUUGGAGUUGCUGAGAACAAUUGUGGUGUGAGGCAGAGUGGGUGAGGAACAAAGGAACAGCAGCUAGGAAAUGCCGAGACCCUGUCCAGGCAGAUCCAGCCUUCUGAAAGCAAGCCUCUGUCCUUUGGGGAUCACAAAAGCAGCUUCUGCCUUCAUAACAAUAGUGCAGGAUGCAGCCUGGAGUUGAGGUGGCUGUUAAUUCGUGCAUGACGGGGAGGGCGGGGGAGUCAAAGGGCUCUAGCUAUUCACAUGGCAAAACGGUAAUUCCUGGAGGGGGAAAGUUUGUGUGCUCAGAGAAACUAGUGUGAAAGAGGAUUGAAGGCAAAUAUAUAUAUAUCUAGAAAUAAAAGAACUUUAAAUCUCAAAUAUGUGAGCUUUGCUUCAGUCUCCUUUCCAUCCCCUUUAGCUUUUAAAAUGAUGCUAUGGAGAAAUCAGGAGUAAGGGAAGGCAAACUCUGUGCUGCGGCAGAUUUUAGCAGUGUUAGUGCAGAUUGCGCCUGCCAGUAUUGAACCUAAAUUGUUCACGUUUGUGGUCCUUUAUGAGAUCAGGUCUCAGUGCUCACAAAAUGCUCAAAGGCAAAGAAGACUCCUGAAGACUCAUUUUAACCUCCUUUCCAGCUACACACCUUGUUUAGAUUUUUUUUUUUACCUCCCCAUUUUGUUUCCUGAGAGCCAGUGUGGUGUAGUGGUUAAGAGCGGUAGUCUCGUAAUCUGGGGAACCGGGUUCGCGUCUCCGCUCCUCCACAUGCAGCUGCUGGGUGACCUUGGGCGAGUCACACUUCUCUGAAGUCUCUCAGCCCCACUCACCUCACAGAGUGUUUGUUGUGGGGGAGGAAGGGAAAGGAGAAUGUUAGCCGCUUUGAGACUCCUGAAGGGGAGUGAAAGGCGGGAUAUCAAAUCCAAACUCUUCUUCUUCUUUGUUUUAAGUCUUAAUACACAUUAGGAAACCAAAUGUUCAUGAAAAUUAACAAGGGCAAGCCUGUUGCGUUUUCUGCAGUGACUUUCUAUUCAUGUGCAGGGGGUAGUUAACUGCCCUUUUAAUGUGUGUUUUCAGUAGUGUUUACAAGAAAGACGUCCCCUUAUGGUAUGUUAAAUGGCAGGAGCAAACCCUCUAGGUAAGCCAUUAAGGUUUGUGUCCUAGAGCAAACAUUGGCAAAGGUGAAUGCAUCACUCAAGCCCUGUGGAGCAACAGCUUUGGCCCUGUCUCUGCCGACGCUAGGGACAGCGGGAGUUGUAUUUUUAACUUUGGGUGAAAGCCAAAAGUUAGUGGUGACAAGGCAGUGCAAACAUUGAAUGUGGUGUUCAGCUGCUUUCUGCCUGAAAAAUUGCUUAUAGGUCUGUCUUAUCACAAGGUAAAUUGGAUUACUUGCUACACUUAAUAUGCUUUCCCUUUAUAUAAGGCUCCUGGGGAAUCUCACAGCUAGGCAGCUUAAUAUCAGAGCUACACUGGGGCAAAUCAAGGAUGCAGGGCCUACGAGAGCUAUGUUUAGGGAGAGAUGAAUAUGGUGUGAGAAUAGUCAAAUUAAACAUAGUUUAAUUUUCAGUUUGCUUGCUGGUACCCAGCCAUUUUGCAGAAUGACUUUAUUAUACUGCCACCAUAAUGGCAAAACAUCUUGGGCUGAUCCUGAGGGUGGACUGUAGAAAGCAUUUCCAAAUAAAUAGCCUUUCAUGCUCCUUCAUGGCUUGUUACAUUUUCUUGCAGUAGCUACUUCUUCCUGAAGCUUUUUGCAAAACCUUCCAGGUGUGAUCCAAUUAGUGCCCUUACAUUCACAGGCAGAUCAUUGAGCCAGCAGAGGUGCCCCACUAGUGGAAGUGGAAGGUUGUCAUGUUAAACGAAUCCCCCAACUUUCUGGAGCUGAUUCAGGGUCUACUGUGAUGAAGGGAAAUUGGCAAAAAUUGCAUCCCCUUGUCUCCUGUUAGUGGAUGCUUCUGCUAGUUAAAAAGCCCUUCUAUCAAUGUAGGGGCAGAAUUUGAUUGCACCCUCUGUGACAAACAGUCUUAUGUACUUUAAUAACCAUGCUUGAUUGCAGUCUCUUGAUAGUAAUUUAUGCACAGCAAAUUCUGAAGUCUCUGGCAAAUGAUGUAUAAAUUUGGGGAAAGGGGCUUCUGACAAUCUUUGGGCCCCAUGUUUCCUGUGGAUAUAUUUUUCUUGCUUCAACAAAAAGGGAAAAUCUCUUAGUUCAGAUUGGAAGAGUCUCUAAAGACAGAGGUUUCUAAAGUUGUGUAGUUAACGCAACUGCAUAGAUUUAGGCAAUCUCUUUGAUGCAGAAAUCCCAGUGAUUAAUUCAGGUCCAAUAUUAACCUUGCCCAUACCCUUUGGAUCACUAUUCGAACCUGUAGUGAGGCCACACUAGGAAUGCUGUGUACAGCACUGGUUGCACUGCCACCAAAAGGUUAUUGAAGAGCUGGAAAGUGGUCAGCAUGGGGGAACCAGAAUGAUCACAGGGUAGGAGCAAGUUCCCUAUGAGGAAAGGUUACCACAUAUGGUGCUUUUUGGAUUAGCGAAAAGGCCCAUAAGAUGUGGUCAGGGGAAAGUCCCCCCCCCCCAUUGUAAUACCAGAGCUUGGGUCUGUCCAAUAAAGCUGAAUAUUGGAAGGUUCAGAACAGACAAAACGAAGUAUUUCACAGAGUACUUAGUUAAAUGAUGGAUUUUGUUUAGACAAGUAGUAGUGAAAGCCACCAAUUUGGAUGGCUUUAAAGAAGACCAGAUAGAUUCGUGGAGGAUAAGGAUGUCAGUGACUACUAGAGAAGAUGGCUGUGUUGUGCCCCUAUUGUCAGAGCCCCUAUGCUUUUGAUUGCUGGUUACUGGCAAUCACAAGUGGGAAGAGUGCUGUUGCACUGACAUUCUGCUUGCAGGCUUCUCAUAGGAAUCUGGCUGGCCAUUGUGCGAACAGGAUGCUGGACCCAUGGGCAUUUGGCUUGAUUCAGCAGGGCUGUUAGGUUCUUACUAUGUCUUUAAGGAAUGGUGGUGCAGGACCUGUCAAGCAGGUAAUAAGCAAGCCACAUAUGCUUGAAAUUCCUGUUGUGUAGCUGAGGAUCACUUAAGAUGUGACUCUGUUGCCUUACAAUGCAUGUUGGCCAUCCUUUUAUGUUCGUAGAGAUUAAAUGUUAUUGUGUAAAGAUCCCGUUUUGUUUUUUUACAGAAUUAGGGUGGUUAAUCUGAUUUGGAAUAAACUUGGAAUAAACCCUGUAUGUUUUUGUUUCCUAGAGAGUGCAUAUCCUUGUAAACCACUUUGAGAUGCAUCUUAAUUAAGCAUUGUAUAAAUUGUUUAAAUAAAUAAAAUAAAAACAUAACCUUAUCCAUUCCUGCUGACUACAUAGUCAAAGAUUGCAUUGAAGACCCUUCUCUGCUUCCCACUGCCCUGCCACAGAGCACAGGUUCAGUGUUUCCUUGUGCUCAUUUCUCCAGACACUUUCAAAUUGGUAUCAUCAAUGCAUUCUUUUUGUUUUCCUAAGCACAAACCUUUUCCUUCUGCAACUUGAGCUAGAUCAGCCUUUCUCAACAUCUCCAGAUCUUCUUGAACUACAACUCCCAUCAUCACUAGGAAUGAUGGGAGUUGUAGUCCUACAACAUAUAGGGACCCAAGGUUGAGAAAGUUUGAGCUAGAGGAUGGAAACUCUAUUUCUCCAGGCAGUCUCCAGGCAUUCCCUGCUUUCCCUUUGCCAUCUACUGGAUGGCAGCUCUUUCCUUGCAGGACUCAAGUGCUCCUCCUAUUCCAUAGUUUGGAGCUCCAAAUAAGGGAUAAUACUGAAGGCACCUCUAUGCCACUUGACUAUGAAUGGUGGAGCAGAAGAAAGCAGAUUAUGGACUCUUGAACUUCAGUGCAAUUAGACUCUUGCUCUCUCCAGCAGAGGCUUUGACCUGUUACCCAUUUUUGCUUAUUUUGAGACGAACUGCAAAAGGUGCUGAGAAAUCCAGAUCCUCAUAGAGCUCUCUUGUUGACUAAGCCAUGGACCAGUUCAAGGUAAUGGGGCAGAGGAUGUAAAGGUUUUGAGUGAGCCCUUGAAUAGUGGCUUGCAUCUUCAAGUUUCUCAUAAAGGCCAGCUACUACCUGGAGUCCCGUGGAUUUUGUGUGUUCUCCAUGAUGUUCUAAGUUCGCAUACAUCUUCUCCACAAUGUGAGCUUGGAAUGUAAAGACAACUCAGCAACUGAAAGAGGCCACCCAGCCGGCCUUUGUUUCUGGUUAACCUAUUUCCAGACUUAUCGGUUGCUGAAACAGACUGCCAAAUGUGAAAUGUGAAAGUCUGGAGACUUCGGAAUCUCCUCUUGUGUUUUCUCCCCCCUCCCCCCCUGAAAUGAAUCCAGUUCUCUUUCCCUGUUCUUCAGCUGCCAAAUUCCUGUGGAACUUAUCCCAUGUGUGUGUUCUCCCCCUGCCCCUAACGUGGCUUGUAGCAGCCUUGCCAGAACUCCUUCUGCACGGACUCUUCUGGUCAAAGUGAUGAAUUAGCUUUCUCAUGGCUGUUUGAUCACAGCGUGGAGAAUGGGAAGGGUGGGGAGGGUGGAGUGAUGCAAAUAGUAAGUGGCAGGCCUCAGUGUGAGGCUUGGCAGGUCUGUAAAUGACUAAUGUCCUCAUGUUGCUCUACUUAAUUUCAGUAGAAUCAGCUACCUACCUGGGAAAUGUGCACAGUUUCUGCCCAGGCAUAGUACGAACCUGCAAAGUCUUUUAUCUUGAAACAGUCUCUGCUGAAGAAAACUUCCUAAACAAUUUUACUUGCCAUGUCCUCAUUUUGAUUAAAAUAAUUGAAACUUGCUAUAUAGUCAGAAUUUGCAUAGCUUUCAGCCAAGAGAACAUUUUAUGUCUUCAAAAUAACUAUGGUAGGCAUAAUUUACACAGAUUUUCCAAAUAUGAAGACUUUAGGCCAGAAGUUGAAUUAUUCCAUGUAUGGCCGUAAGAAACUGGAAAAAUGGGUUGAGGUUAGGAUGGAGAACAGCAGAGGGUAGCUGGACAGAGGCAAUAAUCAAUGGAGAGAACAAAUUAGUUAUUUCCAAAAGUCGAAUGCUCUGACCACAUCUAAGCCUUUAGCAGAUGUUUUAAACUAACAAGGGACACGGGUGGCGCUGUGAUCUAAACCACUGAGCCUCUUGGGCUUGCCAAUCAGAAGGUCGGCAGAUCGAAUCCCCACGAUGAGGUGAGCUCCUGUUGCUCUGUCCCAGCUUCUGCCAACCUAGCAGUUUGAAAGCACGUCAGUACAAGUAGAUAAAUAGGUACUGCUGCAGCACAAAGGUAAACAGCAUAUCCAUGCACUCUGGUUUCUGUCACGGUGUUCCGUUGCGCCAGAAGCUGUUUAGUCAUGCUGGCCACAUGAUCCAGAAAGCUGUCUGUGGACGAACACUGGCUCCCUCGACCUGAAAGCAAGAUGAGCUCCACAACCCCAUGGUCUCCUUUGACUGGACUUAACCGUCCAGGGGUCCUUUACGUUUUUUUUACUUUAAACUAACAGGCAUGCACUGCUCUCAUGUCCUCUCAAGCCAUGAGGUUAACUUGCUGAAUUAUCUAGACUGAAUUACCUAGGCUGUGCAGGAUAGAAAGUCUCCUUUACUUCUGUCCUUGGUUGGACUUAAACCCCUGUCUUCUGCAGUAGCACCUCUGGAGGUUUGUGUUGCGGUUUGUCUAUUUCAGUGACAGGACGCCAAAGUAUGUGCAAAUACUAUAACCACAUUGAGCAACCAACAGGGCUGGCAUUUAAUGUGCAGCUUUAAACUUUACAGUACAAUUUGUGUCAUGUGGAGACGCUCUGGAGCCUUGAACACUGAACUGGCGGCAGAAGCACAUUGUGUACAGUUAAGGAUGCCAGAUGUCCCUUUUUUUAGUUUUAAAGAAGGAAUAACGGGAGAAGCCAGGAGCAAAUCUAGGAAAGGCUGCUCUGAUUUGGCUUUUAUACCGUGUUGUCCAUUGGUUUAUAAUCUCUUCUCAUAAAGACAUCUCAAAGCAUUUUAACAAUGAAAAAUGCCUACAAUAUUUAUUAGAUGUGAAUCAAAUCUAGAGAAUAUAGCAUAGAUAACUUUGUGGCUUGUGUUGUGGUCUGAAGACAUUUUCUGUAAAGAAAGCAGGGGCUUGCAUUUCUAGAUUCUUAUGGCUUAUCUGACUCUGUUCCACUGGGCUUGCAAAUCUGGGAAAGUGACCGUCAUCAGUCAAGCUACCAUAUAUCAAAAUCUUCCCCCACUUUUUAUUCUAGCCUGCCUCUUUUCUCCUCAAUUAUAUAUAUUCACUCUACACUAUUCUGGAGAAUUCCGCUGUGUCUGCCUCUCUUUCACAUGGUCUAUUUUAAUAUAGUGAAGCUGGCAUCACCUUGUUAUAACCCAAUAUACCAUAGGGGUAGAUGAGCUGUAGAGUGAUAUUGCCUCCCCCAAAAUUGGCAGUCUGUUGUCUUUCUUUGCCAGAAUGAUGAGAAUGAGCAGAAAGUGUAAGAACACACAUUCAGACUAUACAUUUUAAGCACUAUGAUACCACUUCAGUCAUGGCUUCCCCCAAAAUAAUUCUUGAAAAUAUAGUUUAAGGGUGCUCAGAGUUGUUAGGAGACACCUAUGCUCCCACAGCUCCAAUUCCCAGGGUGACUUGGCAAUCAACCCCUCUUCUUAGGGAACUCUGGGAAUUGUAGUUCAGGAAUGAGAAUAAAGAUCCUCUAACAACUCCCAGUACCAUUAGCAAACUACAGCUCCCAGAAUUCUUGGGUGGGUGGAAACCAUGACUGCUUAUGUGUGGUGCUAAUGUACAGUAGCUAAAGUACACAUGAAGAAUCACUGCUUUGAUACCAAGUGAAACAGAGCAACACUUUAAGAUGCCUCAUUUGAAAUUUGGUAGGGACACUGGGAACCAGACAGAGUUCCUUUGGGAUCUGUGCUAUUUGGCUAUCCCUGGUUCAAUGGAAAGAAAGUUGUGGCAUCUGCUGUUGAAGACUAAUGGCUCUGGGAUGUCUUUUUAUUUGCUCUGCAUAUGUGUAACCAGGUGAGUUGCUAGCAUGCAGUGCUAGGGGAUAACAGGUUUUUUGAGUGUGGGUGGAUUUCAGUCUUCGGCAGGAUAUCUCAAGCACGUUUGUACAUAACUUCGUAAGGAGCAGGCUGGGUUGAACAAGAAGACAUUUGUCUCUGCGUGGCACUGACUUCCUUUUCCCCACUGGAGACUGAGCUGCCCUGGUGUUCUGUGAUUGACGGCAGAUAGCAUACUAUGAAAUCUCCCCCCCCCCCACUGCAUUCUAUUGAAACCAAUUCCACCAAGAUGACUUCACUAGUAUUGCUUUUAUGCAUGUAAAUUGAGAUCUGUAUAAAUUUAUGCUGGCCCUUCUCAUAAUGAAACUUUCUGAAAGAAUUGCUGCUGAAAUGAGUAGACCAUGUGGCACUUUGCCCUCCAGUCCAAACAGGAGAACAGACUUGUAAUAACCCACAAAGGCAACAUUUGAGGGACCUGAACUGCAGUGCCAAAGUAGAUGUGAUAGGAACAAAUCUUUGAAUCUAUAUGACACUUCUGUUAGGCUGCACCUUUUCAGAAAUGUGCUUCCUUUGCACUAAAAAACAUGUUCAUUAAUGACUUUUUGGAAGUGACAGUCUUUUGAGAUGUUAAAACAUAGUUUCCAAUCUUGAAUCCCCAAUCACACUGAACUAGUUGGUGAAUGUUUCUCUUAAGCUGCUAGCUGUAUUUUGACACUUCCACAUCUUUUGUUCUUAAUUCAGAGACAAAAAGAAGCAAAAAAUAAAAAAGCACCUUGCAAAAUUGCUGUAUGCCAAAGCAGUUGUGUAACCAAUUCAAUUUACCUCAAGUCUGACUUUACUAGUGCCUGAAAAGGUUGCAAAGUAGAGUCUGUUAGGCUCUGGUGAGUGGCAAUUUGUAAAUACAAUACUUGUUAAAUUUAACAAACAUGUUUUACUAGGUAGUGAAGCUAGUCUGUAAUAACAGCAUUCUGACAGCCAGUUCACACAGUUAAAUCACUUUGGAUUUAUGCAGUCCUAGGGCUGCACGAAGAAUAUGUGUGAAACAAGAGGUUUACAGGUGAUUGCCAUUAUGGGAGGGUCAAAGCUAUCCCCAAUUUGGUUUCACCAAGAGGUAAACUGGGUGAAUAAUCCCUGAAAAGGGCCUGAGUUAUGCAGUGAGAUGACAAAAUAAGUUUUUGUGUAAGGCUAUUGGAUAAAUAACAAAUGAGACACCCUGCAGCAGCUGCAAUCUGAAAUAAUCCCAGGAUUAACUGCCUGUGCUGGUCUUUUACCUUUUCUUCCAUGUAUCAUUAGUGCUGGCAGGAAAUUCUGAUUUUAGAAACUAAAACCUAUUGCCACAGUAGGUUAGUAGAAAAGCCCUCUUAGAGAAGAUUUACAUUCUUAUGAGAAAAAUCUCCAGCUUCAUAAUUGUCAGACGCUGCCUCAAUCAUUGUAGCCUUACAGUUUUGCUUUGCAGCUGACUUCGCAAGCUAGGCCUUGUUGCGCUCUUGGGUUGGUAGGUGACGAAAUAACCGUGUCAGGACACACUUUUAAUUACAAAACAGCAACGUGCUGCAGCUGCAUAAAUCCAUCGCCCUUAGAUAAUGUUAACGUUGACCCUGCACACCCAGUUGACUAUAGGUGACAAACGUAACCUGAUCGCUCUCUGGAGUCUUCACGGAAGAUGGCCUCUAGGGAAUGUGCUGACUGCUUUUAGUAAACAAAAGGGUCAUUAAUUCUGCCACUGCUCAUUAGCUCCCUGCAGGUAAUAGAAAGGUGUAGCAUGCUUAUGAAACAGAGCAGCAUACCUCUCCCUCUGGUGCUCUCUCUCCAGUAGUUCUUUAAAAAAAUGGCUUCCUGUUGCAGCACUUGGAGCUGAAAUAGCAGUCCUAAGUCACUUAAUAUGCUUCAGCGCCAUUAGCUGCUUCUUAUUGAUCCCCUUUAUCUUCACCCGUGCUGUGCUGCUUGCUCUUUAUCUCUAGCUUAUUCAAAAUCAAAUAGCUCCCUAGUGUAGGAUCAACUUACAGUACAAUCUCUAAUGCCUGUUUCCUGGGAGUAAGCUUCCAUGAAUGCAAAUGGCACCUGCUCCCAAGCAAAGUGUGGAUGGGACUGCAAGCCUUUAUUGAUGCCAUUAUCACUUGGCCAGGGGUCAGCAAACUUUUUCAGCAGGGAGCCGGUCCACUGUCCCUCAGACCUUGUGGGGGGCUGGACUAUUUUUUUUUGGGGGGGGGAUAUGAACAAAUUCCUAUGCCCCACAAAUAACCCAGAGAUGCAUUUUAAAUAAAAGGAUACAUUCUACUCAUGUAAAAACACGCUGAUUUCCGGACCGCCCGCGGGCUGGAUUUAAAAGGCGAUUGGGCCAGAUCUGGCCCCCGGGCCUUAGUUUGCCUACCCAUGACUUGGACAAUCAGCCUAAACUUGCAGUUCUUAGAUGAAGUAUGCAUAUGUUGCCACUGGCAAGUUAGAUCAGGAUUAUCAAGAGCUGUAUUUGCUCAGGGGUAGUUUGCUAGAGCCUGAGCAAAAGGUGGAAGGGACUCCCUCUUCUCUUUCUGCCACCCACUUUCCACAAUCUGUUCCUUGCUACCUGCAUGAAAUUAGGCCAAGGGGUGCAGUUUGGGAACCCCUGCCUUGGAGGCACUCCCUCCUAUGUAGGUGUGAGAAGGCGGUUGGGAUGCCUUGUCUAAAAUGGUACUCCAGUUUUUAUAAGCUUUUAAAAACACACCCAAACAUAGAUUGCUGUCUUAUCUAACCUGUUGAUUUGACUGUUGAUUUGGUUGGCUGAACAGUGUUAGAAAUUAGCCAGACACCAGACACAUUUUGCAACUGGUGUGGAUCCAGUUGAGACCACGUGGAGAUCUCUGGGUGCCAGGUUGGCGAUUGUGGAAAGUAAAAUGCCAUUUAAAGAAGGCUCUGAAAUAUUUUCUCUGAAGCUUGAAUUUGUUUAAUUCUGGGUUGUUUUAUUUGAUAUUUUAAUGUGUCGUAAACCACUUUGAGAUUUGUUCUUUAAAAUAUAAAGUGGUACAGAAAUGAAAUAAACAAACAACAACAACAACAACAACCACCUCCAUUGCAAAAAAAGGCAUCUAGACAUUCCAUUGUGGCAACUGUGACCCAGGUUUGAGGUGCUAUUUGGCAAUUAGAUUAGAUCAUAUAUCUGAGUUUCUAACACUGGUUGACUAUAAUAGGACACAUGACCAAACAAAUAUGUAUUGUCUUCCUGCCUCGAUGGGGGAACUUCCAAUGGUUUUCACCUCAUUUAAUCCGUUUAACCCAGGAACAAGACUUGCUCCAUUUCUUAAAACAUGGAACUUGCUCUGUUGGAAUGAGAAAGGCCAUUCUAUGGUCAUUCCACAUACAUCUAUUGAACAGUUGUUGCUGGGGAUCAUGAGCAGGAGAAUGCUGUUGCACUCAAAUCGGCAUUUAGUUGGACACAGUGCAUCUAGUUGGCUACUGUGAGAACAGAAUUCUGGGCUAGAUAGGCCUCUAGCUGAUCUAGCAUGGCUUUCCUUAGGCUUUUACAUGGUGGAUGUGAGGCAGAGAUAUCAAUGGGGAUUAUUCAUCAGCUUCUAACAUCUCUGCCCUCAAAGCCUGUGGAUUGGUCACCCCCUGUUGUGAUGAAGUAUACCCACAAAACUGCGCCUGUGUUGGCCUGAGAGAAAGAGGGCAGUGAAUGAGAGGGCACUUGAGAGACUGUUCAAUUUGUUUACAUGGCAGGUAAAUUCUCAUGGCUCCAUGCCCAGGUGCAUAAUGCUGGGACCAUACAUCAGCCUUUGUGACAUUUUCUAGUACUUUAUAGAAAGCAGGAAGCAACUGUUGGAGAUUUUCCUUUGCCUUCUUCUUACCUCCCACCUGACUAACCUUCUGUAACUGUGCGUGCAAACAUUAGUCACUCUUUGAGAGUAGCUCCAGCCCAGAAAAUGACAAACCUGCAAGAAAGCAAAGAGAGCCACAAAUUCUGAGCAGUGGAGCAGGGAAGGCACAACCCAUGUUUUCUUCCUUUUGCUGCUUGACAAAGCAUGAGGUAUUAGCGAUGAGGAAGAAGAAAGGCUGCUGUUGUCUGUAUUGUCACAUGGGAGAUGUUCCGUGGAAGUUCUGUGCAAAAACAAGCAUAGGGUAAGACUGGGUGCCUGUGGCGCAUGGAAGAAGCAGGAGACAUGGGGAAGAGAUGAGCAAUGGAUGGUUAUCAUGUUGGUCAGCCUGUCCCCCCUCCCCCCAGCAAUGCUACAUGCUCACAGUAAACUACAGUGGUACCUUGGGUUACAGAUGCUUCAGGUUACAGAUUCCGCAGGUUACAGAUUCCGCUAACCCGGAAGUAGUACCUCGGGUUAAGAACUUUGCUUCAGGAUGAGAACAGAAAUUGCACAGCAGCGGCAUGGCAGCAGUGGGGAGGCCUCAUUAGCUAAAGUGGUACCUCGUGUUAAGAACAGAUUCAGGUUAAGAACGGACCGCCAGAAUGAAUUAAGUUCUUAACCCGAGGUAGCACUGUAAUGUGGCUCCAGCAGGGGCAGUUCUAUAACCAUGUCUCUGAUCCAGUCUGAAGUUGUUCUCUAUUUCAGCAAAGGAAGGAGGCCGGAAGUCUGUUCUCAAAGGAUACUAUUUCUGCUAUUAAUCUUGGCAAUAAGCCCGUACAAACCUGUGCGCUGCUCUUGACUCAUUUUGCCACUGUCAGACCCAGUGCGGGCACAGCAGUGCUACAAGGUGAAGAAGCUCUGUGUCACUAUGAGCACUUUUGAAAUUAUAGCUACGUUCGGGUGAAUAUACCUUGAACCACCCAAGUGUCUGAGAAAUGCCAACAGGAAUGCAGUAAAUGCUGUUAGACCUGAACCUCAGAAUGGCAUCACAUGCUGCAUUCUCUGUUAUUGUAGUUGUGUUAUGCCGGCUUCCUAAAAUAACGUUGUGUAUUGUCUGACUAGGCCAGAAUAUCUAAUCAGGGGUGACAAGCUGUGAAUGUUGAGACUGAGGCCUACAUAUGUACCUCAUUUGAAUCAAAUCAAAUAAAUACCAAAAAUAAUAAUAACUGAAAACAGGUAAAAUUCUAUAUGGGACAGGGUAGAUUUUUUUGGGAUGAUUUCUAUAAAUUUAGGGUGAUACCCAUUGGUGCCAGCCACUCAUAUAACAACCAUUCUACUAGCAGAAGCUUCAUUCUUAGCAUAGCACCACUUAUCAGCUGUAGACUAGAGGUCAUGUGUGUUGUCAUGGCAGUGCUGAUUCCUUCAGGCCUUUAACUCUAUUAGCAUGAGGUUUAUGCUCAUGAAAGUGAACUGAACCCUAGUGAUAUAUCAUGUGCGGCAGUUCUUGCAAAACAGGGUGUGUAUGUGAAGCUCAAAAAUUGAGCUUUUCUAUUUGUGUGUGUUGAAGGAGUUGGGGGGUUGUCAAUUAACGCUGCAAACAGAAGAUGGCAAUACUGAAUGGAGCUUGUUGUGGCUUUGUUUAAUAGGUUUCCCCAGAGGUGGUUUGUAAGGAGGAGAGUCAGAAGAGGCUUUUGGAAAUCAUACACCAUCCUUUUCCCAGUGAGAAGAGAAGCAGUGAAUUUCCUCACAGCCUUCUUUCUCUUUCCCAUAGUAUCUUUUUACAGCUCUUUCCCUUGUAUAGGUUUUUUUGGGCCGGGGGAAGAAGUAGGAUAGUGGAAUGUGGUGUACCAGCCUUUAUUCAGGUAUCUUUCAGCCAAAGGGAAGGCUACUUAAGCUCAUGUUACAGGGCUCUGCUGAAUGACUACCAGGGGUCACAUUACAGAACUAUACUAAAUAAGUCACAAGUUUUCCUCCUGCUGCCCUUAACAAGAAGACCACUGUGUAGGAAGACCUAAGACAGAGGUUUUCAACCUUUUUGAGUCCACUGCUCCCUUGACCAACUACAUUCUUUCCGUGGCACCCCGUGGGGCUCAGGAGCCCAGUUAUGUCUCCCCUUGCCUGCAGUGCUUUUUUCAAACUCCCUCCCUUGUGGAGUAUUCCCUCAGCCCCCUCUCCUCUCCCCUCUCCUUGGGAGUCCUCCAGGACUGCUGCUGCCCCUAGUCUCUGAGCUGCCCCAAAGAGAGGGGUCUCCUCACACUGCCCCACAGGGGCCUCGGAAGAGGAUGCCUGCAGCCUUAGUGGCCCUGUGGAGACUGGCCAAAGGUGAAUGUGAGGCCAGCACCUUACCUUAGGAGGCAGCAGUGGCAGCAGCAGGCGCUGUUGGGCCUGCAUGGUGGAAAGGCUCCCCUUCAGCACUCAGGCAGGCCUUACACACAGCAAGAACAAGAAAGGCCAGCGCAGCACCUGCCGGCCUGCCUGCCCAGCCUCCCACUUGUCCGUCCAUUCCCAACAUCAGAGGCUGGCGGACUGGCUAGCUGGGCUCCCUCGCUCACUUGCUUGCUUACUCUGAGGCUGCCUCAGCUCCUGGCAACCAGCACACCCUGGCCAGCCCCCGAGGCACCAUUUGUCUGGGGAGCUUGUAGCCAGGGCUGCUGCAACAAACAGCUGUACAAGCCUUUGGGAGGCAGAGAUGGGAGAAGGCAGCAGAGGAGGGAGGGAAGGAAAGAGGGACAGAGGCCAGUGUUGCCUGCGGCACCCUUGACCAUCAUUCAAGGCACCUCAGUGUGCCAUGGCACGCUGAUUGAAAACCACUGACCUAAGACCUUGCUUGCUUGUGUCAAUUUCCAGUGGUUAGGUUCACUGCUUUCAAUAAUCCUUCUCUCCGGAGACCUUGUUAAGAGAAGCCUAAAGUUGGAAUCCUUUAAAUGACCUUGUCACUGUUCCAGGCAAAGUAGUCUGUUGCCAUCUUCCUUUCUGCUUCUGCAUGGUGGAUUCUGGAAUCUGGGGCCGGCAAAGUCUGCUUAGUUUAUCAAGAUUCCUUAUUUAUUUAUAUCUCUACAUCUGACUUGCCAAAACGCCUUCUGAGCAGUUUACAAGUAUAAAACCCAUUAUAAAAACAUAGCUGCACAUAGUUAAAACACACAGCAAAACAAUUUCAUCACAUCAUUUGAAAAAUACUCCCAACUCUACAAUUCUACGAAAUCCAUAAUUAAAAUGUACAAUAAAAUGUACAAAAAUAUACAACAAGUCUGUUAAAACAGGUUCAAGUCAGGAACCUCAAGUAAUCUUGCUUUUAUAAAUAGCACUCCCUUGGUUGCACUACGUACCAGCCUUGCUAGGAAAAAUAACUUACCCAAGUUGUGUUUCUUUCCUCUCUUAUUUAACUUCUUGGAUGAAAGAAGAUGUGCUUUUGAAAUGCCAGCAAUUAGAAAAUACCUGUACUGGCAAGGCUGACUGACUACUCCAAGAACUUAUCUGUACCUAUCAGAAUUCACAAGGCUAAAAAAAAAUUCUUAACUGAUCUGAGAUCAAAGCUUUAUUCAUCUGCUUCAAACCUGUCAAUUGUUUUUAAUUGAUUGCCAGUAGGCUGCACAGACACAAUGGCUCCUUCCUCCUUCUGCCAAGUUUGAUUAGGAGAGGGAAAAUCCUUAGCUGAUGCUCUGCCUUUCCAGGUGAAAUAUCUUUGGUGCCGGUUCCAGUUAGAAGAAUUGUGGUCAUACGAAGGCAAUGCUGGUUAGCUGAAAUGAAAUAAAUAUGCCUCUUAAAACUGGUUUCUCUCGCCAAAACAACUCUGGAAUUACUGUAACAUCAUCAUCAUCAUCAACAACAACAACAAUUUAUUUAUACCCCGCCAAUCAGCUGGGUUUCCCCAACUACUCAGGGCAGCUCCCAACAGAAUAUUAAUAAUAAUAAAAGCUAUAAAACAUCAAAUAUGAAAAACUUCCCUAAAUAGGGUUGCCUUCAGAUGUCUUCUAAAAGUCAGAUAGCUGUUUAUUUCCUUGACAUCUUAUGGGAGGGUGUUCCACAGGGCAGGCGCCACUACCAAGAAGGCCCUCUGCCUGAAGGAACCUCACUUCUCAUAGGGAGGGAACCAACAGAAGGCCCUUGGAUGCUCCUUCAGCACUUUAUUUUCCCAAUCUUUAAACAGAUAGAUGAAAUUUUAUUAGUGCUUCCCUCCCCCUCCCAAUCUAACUGUACCACUUACUUUUGGUUUACUACAUUUUUGCUUAUUGCUUCAACUCUGAGAAUGGACAAAAGGGCUGAGCAUCUGCUUUGCAUGCAAAGGGUACUGGGUUCAAUCCUUGAUCUUUCCAGGUAGCACUAGGAAUGCCCUCUGCCUCUAACCCUGGAGAGCCACUGCCAGUCACUGUAGACCUGUAGACCAGCCUUCUCUGACCUGGUGCCCUUCAGAUGUUUUGGAUCACACCUCCCCCCAACCCCCAUCAAGCAUGACGUGGGGGUGGGGGCUGGGGGGAGUGGGCAUUCAAAGCAUCUGGAGGGCAUCAGGUUGGCAAAAGUUGCUGUAGGCAAUCCUCACCAAUGGUCUAGCAUCCUGUAGCCCCCUAGGAUUUUGGAUGUAUGCUGCUCUCUCAAAUCUUCUCCCCUAAAUGGACCUUGCUCAUUUUUCUGUGGAAAGUUUUCUGCACAUCACUGCCUAUAUGGACAUGGAAUGACUGGUCUUUGUUCAAUGAUUGUAGGGAAAUUUCACCCAGCUCUAAUAAUGUGUUUGAAACCUUGUGAAUAGACUCUUUUUGUUCUUAGAUUUUUUUUUUAAAAAGGGGAAGCCUGUUUUCUUUAUAAACUAAGAGAAUGUUGUGCACGUAUAUCUCUCCUAUAUCUUCCUCCUCUAUCUUAAAUGUGACAGUGUAUAUUUUAAUUUGAUGACUAUAGCCCCUUGGCAAGAAAAUAAUGCUCAAUAGCUACAUCAUAGCAUUGGGGAGCUGUAGGAAAACCUUCUUUUCUGUUUAGAAAAGGAAUAGGGUAAGGGUGGGUAAACACUUGAAGAAAGGACCAUUCUCAAAGUGUAGAAGAUGUCUGGAGUUACCACUUGUAACUGUCUGUGAGCUUGGCCCCAAAGAUCUAGCUCUAAUCCUUGUGUUUGUUUAAAAAAAGUUCAUGAAGGAAAAAACUGAUCAACUACGUUUGCUCUGAUUUGAAUGCCAAUUCUGAGGAUAGCCCUCAUUCCUUUCCCACUCUGGCAAUUUCUCAUAGGAAGAAAAGCAUGCUCUCUGAAUAUCUGCAGCUCGUCAGUGUAAAUUGAAUUCUGUAUUAGUCUGCUUCUCGCGCGUAACUUUUAUUUAUUUAUUUAAAGCCUUUUUGCCCCAAGAAGGCUACCGGAGCGGGCUUAACAGACGAUCAAUGAAAAUGAAACAAUCACACAAGGAAAAAAGGGGUGAUGAAAGAAAAGGGGCAAAGGCAAACUUGGGCACCAGUUCUUAAAGUUCUUAUGAUAGCUGGGUAGAUUGGCAACUGUUCAGAGGGAAGAGGAGCCAAAUUUAUCUGUUGUUUCAGCAAAACCAAUGGAAUGGCCUUCCUUCCCAUCUCUCCCUCUGCUGCAGUCUGCUGGAAUAGCUUCUGUUUGGUGGCAUCCAUAUGUGUAACAUACAAAUAAAUGCAGGGUUUUUUUGUUAACCCUGCCACACAGUCAUGGGCAUGCAAUUGAGAAUAGUGCUGUUUAGGCAUGUGCUUGAACAAUGAAAGGGUGCUUUCAGUGUUGUGAAGUACACUGUAUUGAUCUGAUAUGGGACUACCUUCGUCAGCAAGCCAAGAGCCCUGCCUUCCACCCCUACUCCACAGUGGAGGUAUUUCCCGAAUAACGGCUUCCAGCAAGUGCACCUGGGGCAGUCUUGAACUGACUUUCAUCUUGCUUUUGAUGGAUGACCCUUCUACUUUUAAAGAGAAUCUCUUGAUAGAUUCUGCAGCUCAGUAGUACGGUCCAGGUCAGAUCCUCUGGUGCACCCUUGGUUAAAAAGGUUUGGGUAGGAGAAGGUUGUGGAAAGAUAUCUGCCACCCAUAAAGAGCAGAUAAAGUUGGGCUUGAUGGACAAAUAGUUUGACUGAGGACUAAGGUAGCUUUCUUUGUUGCCAAGUGCUGAAGUCAGCUUCUUAAUAUCCUAUUAAGGGUGACUUUCAGCAGGCUUGUGAGGUCCUGGGGCUUCUGCCACAUGAUGGAAGAACGGGCACACACUCUUCACAGUUUCAAGACUAAACAUCCAUUUUCUAACAUCAGUUUUCCAAAGGAAGCAGCAUCUCUUCUCCCCCGCAGAGCUGAUAAAUUUUUGAGAACUUCUGCUGGUUGGCGAGAGCUAUCCGUUUAGAAUGAUGCUCCACUUCCACCCUGAUCUCAGUACUGACCUAAAUAUCCUAAUAAGAUUAAAAGCAGGCUUUAGACUGGAAACAGAAUAACUUGCUCUGUUCUGUUGCCCUUUGCUGAAUGCAAUCCCAGCGUGAGGAAGCUCUGAGCAGAUCUUCUGCAGGCAGCUCUUAAGUCUGUCCUGCCUAUUUCCUGUUGCAUUGUGAGAUAAGAUCAUUAAGGAUGUUGUCAAAUGCUAUUUAUUCGACACUAGUUUUUAUGAGAAUUGUCACCUUGCUUCCUGUAUUGGAGGAGGCAACCACUCAUUGAGGAAAGUGAAAGUCUCCACUAGGAUAGGUGAGGCAAGCACACAAUAUCUCUUUGGCUCCCCCUACCCACCAAUUCUUGUUCCUACCUGAAAGUAUUGGCAUAAGAUACUGCAAUAUGUUCAUACCAUCAAUUCUGCCGUUUCCUAAAAAGCUUUCUCCUUCUGCAUACUCAUGCCCAGACAUAUCUGCUUAUAUUGGUGAUGGUAAAGUACAGCAGGCCAGAACAGGGCAAGGCAGAAUUCUUUUCUUGGACUUCUGUCCAAAGUGGAACAUUUCUAAGCCUUUUCUGUCUUUGCAGCACUAUUAAUGCUCCCUUUUGGAUUGCACACCUGGUGUUUAAAUAUCUCUUGGCUUAUUAAAAUGUGCACACAUAGUUUGCACAUAGUUUGCAUAUUGUGAAUUAGCUCCAGGUGUUAAACUAGACAGUGGCUUCUACACUGGAUUUCUGCUGAAUUUCCAAUUCCCCUCUGCUAAAUAUGGGUAACUCUAGUAAAGAAUCUUGGGUGAUAUUGUCAUUCAGAAGCUUUUAGCCACCAGAGAUGUAACACCAGGUGAAAUAUCUUCUGUUUCAUAGCAUGGGACUUGGGGGGGGGGCACAAGACUGACGUGAUUGGCCAGUUAGUUAAGUAUUUCUAUUGUUUUACUUGAUGGGGGGGCAGCUGCCUCCCGCCCCCCUGGCUACACCUAUGUUUCAUACACCCAUGUUUAAUGGUGAGCAAAAGGCUGACUAUUGUGAUUGCUGUCAAAUAUAGUUUUCUUGAGGCUGCCACUGCUAUUUUUUCUAUGGGAUCAUGUAAACAGUAGUGUGUGUGUGUGCGCGCGUGCUACAUGAAGGACCAUAGAUGAGAACCAAUAUUGGUGGCUUCCAGAUGUGGCUAGCAUAGAGGCAGAUGGUUGGUUCUUAUCUGCCACAAGCAGAUAAGCCUUGUACGUAAAAUGGGUCUUGUACCUAAAUGGGCACUGCCCCUUUCUAUAGGACUUAAUGUUGAGGGAAAAGAUGGCUUCAUUUAGGACAUUAUCUGAGGGAGAAAGGGAUUAAGGACUCCCUGCUGCUGUAGUCCGAAGAUUAAGGACCUUGCUGGUGGCUGCAAUUUAGGCGACAGAAACUGACUGAAAGGCAAUGCCACCUAUUAGGGAAAAGGUUAAACUGUGAGUCCACGCCUAUACAAGAAUGACAGACCGUAGAUAAAGGAAAUGGCUAGAGUGACUAAUACAGAAAAUGCUGUCCACCUGAAAAUCUGUGGGGUUGCUUCACUAUGACUGAUGUACGCUUGGGAAGAUUGCACAGCUGUGUGUUUGUGUGUGAGUGAAGUUGUUUUUUUUUCCUGAGUUCUGAAAAGAAACUGAAAGCAAAGGGAGAAAAUAUGGGAGGAAGGUGAUUUUGCGAUGGUGUCCUGCCGAUGUCCUGAAAAAAGUAGUGAACAGAGCAUGGGGUUCCAAACAUUCCACAGUAAAUGCCUCAUGUGGAAGCAUCCUUAAUCUCCUGUGUCUCCAAUAUAAGGAGGUUUCUGAACUGGCUCUGAAAUAUCUGUACCUGAGGUGCAGGUGGUGCUUCACUGAAAAGAUCGGAAGAGCCCUGGUGCUCUAGGCCAAAGGCUCCUUUUGACCAACAUUUUGUUCUUUCAGUGGCCAACCAACCAGAUGGAAAGUGGUUCCUUUGAUGGCUGGGGCUAGUUUGCUGAACUACAGACUAGAACUGGCAAAAACAGUUAAUAAGACAAAGCCAUACAUAUAUAUUUCCCCAGUGUGGUUUUUCUAGAAAAAGAAGUGCCGGAACUCACAAUGAACGCUUCACUUGUUCUCUUAUAAUGGCAAUGGCACACACUUGAGAUGUGCUGGAACUGAGUUCUGCCUGAAACCCCCCCUGUAUUCUCCCCUGCUAAGGAAACAGCUCGUCAGAGAAGUAUUCUGCUGAAAUGCUUUGCUUUCUGAGGGGGUGGUGUGGGAGGGGAGAUUCUGGUAAAAUAUUUCUUAAAAUUUCCAGACCACAGUCAAGUUGUGAUGCUGUAAAGGAUAUAUGCUCAUAUGGCUGUCUGUUUUCCACCCAGGUUCUAUAAAAAAGAGAAGAUGGGGUCUGGCUGCCUGAAAGUCACAAAGUACUUCCUUUUCCUCUUCAACCUCCUUUUCUUUGUAAGUAUUUGGAUUCAGAAUCUGGGGGAUCUGUUUUUUAAGUUGAGUGCGGGCGGGAGCAACUGUAUCCUAACAGCAGAACUGGCAUCUAAUAUUGGAGAAGGAAUAUAACAAGAACCCUUCUUAUAAAGACUGUUCUACCUCUCUCCAAAAAUCUCCCAAACUCGAUUGUCAUAAGUUAAGUCUAUUUCUAAGAUAACAACCCUUUCUUGCAUCAAAACCAUAUUGAAUCUGAAUCACUUAAUCUGCUUCCCACAACAGUACCAGGUGGUAGCUCAGUAUCUCCAUUUCUACCAAAGGCGUAGAGGAUUUCAGCUGAAAUCUGAACAAACUCAGAGCCCGCUGUACAGUGGGAUGGGGUGCUUCUUUCUGCAGCAGUGCUCAACCCAAAUAACUGUGUGUGCAAUGCCCCAAUUGGACUAGCUAAGUGGUACCUAUGAUCAAGAUAAUAAUAAUAAUAAUAAUAAUAAUAAUAAUAAUAAUAAUAAUAAUAAUAAUUUUUUAUUUGUACCCCACCCAUCUGGCUGGGUUUCCCCAGCCACUCUGGGCAGCUUCCAACAAAGAUGAAAAAUACACUAAAAUGUCACAUAUUAAAAACUUCCCUGAACAGGGCUGCCUUCAGAUGUCUUCUGAAUGUCAGGUAGUUGUUUAUCGCUUUGACAUCUGAUGGGAGGGUGUUCCACAGGGUGGGCGCCACUACCGAGAAGGCCCUCUGCCUGGUUCCCUGUAACUUGGCCUCUCGCAGUGAGGGAACCGCCAGAAGGCCCUCGGAGCUGGACCUCAGUGUCCGGGCAGAACGAUGGGGGUGGAGACGGUCCUUCAGAUAUACUGGACCGAGGCCGUUUGGAUGCCUGUUGGAUGACUAAACUUUCCUGACACUCCUGCAAAGGUUCUUGGCUUUAUUAAAAUCGGAGUCUUGGGCACUUGGAGAAACUACUCAUUUAAUUAUUUAACCCUCCUUGAAUGUAAUUAAAGUCUGUCUUGACCUGUUUGCCUGUAUAGUACUAGCAAAUGCUAAAAAAGAAGAAACGGCGAGAGGCUGGGGAAAUGCAACUAAUUGUAUAGUGUGAUUCCAUUAAGUGCUUUUGGGUAUUGUGUGCUGCCUAUCUGAGACAAGCUGAGCCAAAUUACCGGCUAGCCAAUUUUUAAUCAAGUCCUUGGCUGUUCUCUGCAAUAAUUGCAGUUUGACAUCCAGCCACAACAUGUGUGGUUAUAAUCAGUGCACUGCUGCAUGGAUUUUUUUCCUGUGAGUCUAUGUGUUUCUAUUUGCAGGAUGCAACAGAUUAGUGCCAAGAGGAGCAGCAACUUUAUUUAUUUUAUUUUAUUUAAGACAAUCUUUAUAUACCACUAAUUCAUGAAGAAAAUAUCAAAGUGGUUCACAACAACUGCACAUAAAUCUGUGCAAUGGAAACCAUAUAAAAAAAGUUAAAAUCAGAUGGCUUUUAUGGAAAGAUGUAUUCUUAAUAAGCCUGUUAGAAUAGAAGUGUUUUCAGUAGGCAUUUAUUAGUUGAAGCAGAAGGUGUCUGCUGAAUCUCUAUGGCCAGAGUGUUCCACUAUACUGGGCUGAUGACACUGAGGCUCAGUUACUUCUAGCAGAGAAUUACAGACUUGAAGAACAAGCUUUGCAGUGAGCCUGUGCUAACCUGUUUUCAGGAUCAGCAAAGCCCUGGUACAGUUCUCUCAUUAAACAUAUUGAUUCCUUCCUUCCUUCCUUUCUGCUAAGAGUAUAUCUGGUGUCAGAUGGACAUCUAAGACAAACUUACAACAUCUUUAUAAUCUUAUAUUUAGCAGAGAAUGGGUGCCCGUUUUUUGUCCUUAUCCGCAUAAAUGACUAUAUACACAGCUGAUUUUAGAUUAAAGCCCAACAAAUUCAUCCUGUGUUUAAAAUAAAGUUUGCCCAUUACACUAACUUAAAUUGUAAUACUGCUGUACACAGUCAUGGGAAAAAUCUAGCAGUGAGCUAGAUAAAGCUGGAUAAAAAUUUCCUGGGCAAACAGGCACAUUUUUCAUUUCCUGCUUGUUUUGUGAUAAACAGUGUAGAAACACUUAAGUUGAUUCAACAAAAGAUUGGCUGAUCAGUCUCACUUGGGCUAUGCUUCAUAAACUAUAAUCCUUUACAAACAGGUUAAAUUUACAAAGGAGGAAUGUGUGUUCAUGAUCACCUAACAAAUACUAACUAUGCCAUAAUUAAGUGAUCAUACAUAUAUUUAAGUUCCUUGAAGGAGCAGACCAAAAGUUACAGAGUCCCAGGACUGCUUGCAAGAAUGUCAGUGCUAAGUCUACUAGAAACAGUCUACCUUCUACACACCCUUGGUAUACUUAACCAACAUAGUAGAACAUGUUGCUGAUAACACCAAGGUUGCAGGUUUGAUCCCCAUAUGGGACAGCUGCAUAUUCCCGCAUUGCAAAGGGUUGGAGUAGACCAGGCAUGGCCAAACUCGGCCCUCCAGAUGUUUUGGGACUACAAUUCUCAUCAUCCCCAACCACUGGUCCUGUCAGCUAGGGAUGAUGGGAGUUCUGGAGGGCCAAGUUUGGUCAUGCCUGGACUAGAUGAUCCUCAGGGUUCCUUCCAACUCUACAGUUCUAUAAUUUGUUGACAAGCAGUACCCAAAUACAUUCGUAUUAGUUCUCGAACGUUUUGGCUCCCAAACGCCGCAAAUUAGUGUUCCGGUUUGUGAUCUAUUUUUGGAAGCUGAACAUCUCGCGGGUUCUUCAGCGGAUUCCGAAGCUGUGCUUUGGUUUCUGAACGUUUUGGAAGUCAAACAGACUUCCGGAACAGAUUCUGUUUGACUUCCGAAGUACGACUGUAUUUGAAGGGCCAAGAUAACAUGGGAAGGGGUACUUUGGGGCUCCAGAAUACCAGGGGAACAUGGAUGGAAAAUUCUAAAUCUCUCUCUCUCUCUCUCUCUCUCUCUCUCUCUCUCUCUCUCUCUCAUACACACAGUCUCUAUUAAAACCCAAUUUUUUGUAAUGGAAACUAUUAAGUUAGACAUCUGUUAGUUAACAUGGGCCUGGAAAUGUGGGCUGCUGCAUCUCUCCUGGCUAGCAGGAGGGGAGCAGUUGUUAGUGGGCUUUUGCCCCACCCACUAAUUUUUCCUUCAGCCAGUUAGGUAACGUCUCUCGACUUGAUGUGGCACAUAUACUUGGGAACCCAGAUGAGAAAAAAGCAAUUAGAGGAGGGAGUCUUCUCCAUUGUUUAUCAUAGGGUGUACAUGCAAACACCCCUUGCAGUGCAGAAGGAGCAGCCUAGGUUCCCAGAGCAGUGUUUGCUAGACAUGUCAUGCCACCCUUGGGGUGUAUCAGUUGUAUAGUAAUGUAAUGUGAAGAAAAAGGCGAUUAUGGGGUUGCAGCGCUCAUCUUGCUUUCAGGCUGAGGGAGCCAGCGUUUGUCCACAGACAGCUUCUUGGGUCAUGUGGCCAGGAUGACUAAACUGCUUCUGGCGCAACGAAACACCAUGACGGAAGCCAGAGCACACGGAAACUCCAUUUACCUUCCCGCCACAGUGGUACCUAUUUAUCUACUUGCACUGUUGUGCUUUCGAACUGCUAGGUUGGCAGAAGCUGGGACAGAGCAACAGGAGCUCACCCCAUUACACAGAUACAAACUGCUGACCUUCCAAUUGGCAAACCCAAGAGGUUCAGUGGUUUAGACCACAGUGCCAUCUGCUCCCAAUAGUAGUAUUAGUAGCUAGCUGUAGCCCCUACCAAGACAAGAACUGUCCUUAUAACAUUUCCCCCCAAAGCAAAAUAUAUCCCAAACCUCCAUGAAGGAUUGAAAUGCACAUGAUCUUUCUGAGUACAGAUCACUUGUGUAAUCUUUUGGGGGGGGUAUUUUAUUAAUUGCUAAUAACUCAGAAUUUCUGAGGAGUACCAAGUUUUUGCUGCAAGUAUUCUCACAGCUGCUAAACAUAAAAAUGUUAGUUUGUAAUUUCUAUGGAACUCAUGUCUUGUAGACUCUGAAAGACUAUUUUUCCUCUUACUGCAUCUUGAAUAACUUUUUUCACUAAGGCUCAAAACUACUUAAUCUCACUAGAUGACCACCAAGCAUGCAUCGAAUACCCGGGCUUCAAUUUACACCACUGAAACAGUAUAGGUACCAUGUUGGCAACCUCUCAUUUAAGCCAUUUUCUGUUAACCCACCUAGGUGUGUAAUCCUUUUAGUACAUAAUUUUAUAGAAAUUCUGUUUAGUGACCAUGUUCAAAGAAAUAGAGGGAUGUUGAGUACAUAGAUAUUCCACCUUUUUUGUUGUUGUUAGUGCAAAAAAAGAGAAAAAAGAAAAAAGGCCAGUUAUUGGGCACUCUCAACUUCCUCUCUUUCUACAGAGGACCCUACAUAUGUUUUUAGAAAAUGGAUCUUUACUCAAUUGCCGCUUGAUCAUUAUAUUUUUCAAAACUUACUGGUUUCCAUCCCUUCUGCUCUUAUAAACCAGAUUCCCGAUUGUGUAGAUUAGUGGGGGAUGGGAGUAGGAUUUGUCCUUGGUAACCUAAUUCUUGCAGUAUUCAAAGAUAAGUCUUAUGCAUUAAACAAAUCACUAAUGGUUCUAUCUACCGUAAAACCUUUCCCUCAUAUAUCACAGAUGAAAUGAUAGAUUAUCUUUGCGACUAAUGUUUUCCCUCCUCCCGCUCAGCAUAAUUCUUGAUUUUUACCUCUUUUUUUCCUUCACAUUUUUUAUCCUUUUAUUCUUUUUCCCCAGAACAGCCAUUCUCUCAGCAGGGUGCUAAUGUCGAAAUGUUCAGCUGACCUUUCUCCUGGCUUCAUUCCCUGUCUUUUGUCAAUAUUCAUACUGCUUCAUGACAGUGCUGUAUCUGAGGCCACUCCACCUUUUGAUCUUGGUUAUUGGAUGGUUUAUACAAUUCUUUGGGUAAAUGAAUUGGUUGGGAAAGAAGUCUGUAUUGUGUUCAAUAACAUUUGAAGAAUAUGCAUAGCCAAGGUCAAGGAAAUCAACUUUGACAAGGGCCUCAUCUUAAUAACUGAUUCUUCUCAUUGAGCUAAACCGUAUCUAUUUUUAGUGUAUCAUACUUACUUUACAACACAUAUUCCAACUAAUAUGGACACCUCCCAUUUCCCCCUUCCCUUCUUUUUUUCUGGUGUCUUGUUUAUUAUUUAUCUUUUUUAUAUAUGAAGCAUCUGAUCUUUGUAACAUCUCAAGAAAUAAUAAUAGCAGAUACUGGCCCCUGAUAAUUCAUCAGACUUGUCACUUUCAGAAGCUUACUACCUGGAAGCCAAGAGGCUUGAAGAACUCAAAUUAUUUGUAAAUGUCAAUAAUAAACUGAUAUGAUUCACAUCUCCCAGACUGAUGUGCCGAUUGGAACUUAGCUAAUCAUAAAAGUUUGCACAUCCUGAAUAUUCUGGCAGUUUUUGACUCAAAAUGUAUCAAAUGAUGUUUUUUUUGAAAUGCAUAUUUUGGGAGAAAUAUUUCUAAGCUAUAAUCCAUGUCCUUUUUAAAAAUUGCAAAUUAAUGCAGAAACAUCCAUACCUGGCAGUUCUGUUAAGACAUGAUUGCCAAUUGUAGCAAUUUAAUUGGCAGCUGUAAGAUGCCAAAUCCUUGUGUUUUUAAAGUCUGUGGUGCUCAAAAUACCAAGUCCCUUAUAGCUUCUCUUUUCUCCCGUGCAUACUGCAUAUUUUAACGAUUUGACAUUCAAAGAACCCCAAAAGUGAUCUGCUUCAAUGGGAGAAUGCAUUUAAUGUUGCACAAUAUAUUCAGAGGACACAAUCUCCCAAUCUAGAGUUAAUUCCAGACUGACAGUUUCUUCUUGGGCACUUCCUCUUUGUAAACUGACUGGUGAGCUGCAUUUGGAAAUGUUUCAACUUUGAGGAAAUGCUGUGUUGAAAGGAACUGGGGUUUUGAACUCAAAAAGACUCUUCCCUUUGUACAGAUGGUGCUCUUAUUCUCCAGCUUUUAUCUGCAACCUUUCACACCUGGUGUCUUUUGGAGAACUGCUGCUCUAGUUCUCUUUUGCAUCUGGAGCAUCUGCUGAGUCUUUUACUCUGGUGGAGGUAUAAAUGUAGAUGCUAACUGGAAUCCUCCACUUUCCUCUGAAUGGAUCAGUUCCAAAGAACCAUAGUUGAAGGCACCCGGUCCAGCGAGAAGACAAUGGGUUGUAGGGUAUACAUUUCUACAUGAGCUUCUCUUAAAGGCCUCAAGUUCACUGCUUCCUUAUCUGGGUUAGAGCAUAGGAGUUGCUCCUGGCUUAACUUGUUUGGCCUUACUUCUGAAAUUUUGUUUAGGAGCACCACUAUCGAUGAGAUACAGUCCUUAUUUCUUGAACCAAAAUUAGGAGAAGCCUCCACACAAUUAGGAGAGCCAGUGUGGUGUAGUGGUUAAGAGGGGUAGUCUUGUAAUCUGGUGAACCGGGUUUGCGUCUCCGCACCUCCACAUGCAGCUGCUGGGUGACCUUGGGCUAGUCACACUUCUCUGAAGUCUCUCAGCCCCACUCACCUCACAGAGUGUUUGUUGUGGGGGAGGAAGGGAAAGGAGAAUGUUAGCCGCUUUGAGACUCGCUUAGGGUAGUGAUAAAACAGGAUAUCAAAUCCAAACUCUUCUUCUCUUCUUCUUCACACUUGCAUGCUCCACCCUUAGACUUGGAGUGUUGUAGAACAUACCCUUUUUCUUUCAUCCAUGAGACUAUCCAUUUCAUUCCUUAUUUUCUUUCCUCUAGGGUUAAAAAGAGAAGUAGAUUACACCAGACAAAAUAUCUUUCUUUGACAGUUACGGUGUAUUCUUGGGCAGCCACCCCUCCCAACCAAAUGUAAGAACCCAUCACUCUGUGUUUCACCUUGAAGAUUAAGCUGUGUGUUAUCUUGGUGCUUCUACCACUUUAGGGUGACUUCAGAUCCUAAAAAAGAAAGCAGCAGCAGAGAGAUGCUCAUUCUGACAUGUGUGAAGGGUGCCUCAAGAUGCGAGUGCCGAAUUCAUGCAAAACCUGUGCACAAGAGAGAUGUUCAUGUUUCCCUUGGCAUCUAAAGCAACAUCAGUGAUACAUGCUGUAAUGCCCUUGUUAGACGUUCUGGGAUGUCCCCCACCCCCAGGUUGUGUUUAAAUCAUCACUAAGGUUCUUGCUUUCUCAAACAGUUGUGCGUCUGAGUUCCCCUCCCUCUGCCACUCUUUCACCAUGUGCCAUGUAGAAACUGCAAGCAGGAAGGCUUGCCCAGAUGGCACAUCUGGAACUGGUUUUCAAUUUGCUCUCUCCACUAGCCCCCCCCCCCCCAGCUGCAUGCUUCGUUUCCAUCUCCGAGCAAUCGGCUUUCCAGUUAAGGCUGCCAGGGACCAAAGGUCGUGGAUGGUUUUAACAUGCGGAGGAAGACUCUUUUAAGAUCUAGUUCUACAGUGAGGUGGGGCUAAGUCUUUAAACACACAGUUAAAGAUGCAGAACUCAUUGAAUACUAGUCUGGCUUCAUCUUCAGAAUUUGUUGGGGGACUGAGUGGGGGUGAAUUGGAUAGCAGAGCUAGAACUACAGGGUGCAAUAUGCUACCUGUUAAUCCAUAGCAGCAUCACUUCAUAUUGGGUCUACAAGAGACAACGUUCCAUCCAUUUUUGACUGUCAGAAAUGAUGGCUCAGUUGGUAGAGUACGAGACUCUUAAUCUCAGGGUCGUGGGUUCGAGCCCCACCUUGGGCAAAAAGAUUCCUGCAUUGCAUGGAGUUGAAGUGGAUAACCUUCGUGGUCCCUUCCAGCUUUACAAUUCUAUUUCUGUUGGCUCAGAGAGUAUUUGUAAUUAUUUACCCCGUGAUGUUAAAUACUGUUUCUGCCCUUUCUGAAAUGGGAUACAAGCAGGGGAAAGGAAGUGGCUUUAUCUGCAUGCUUGGGCACUUGAAUUCGUCUAGCAUUACUGGAGUACUUGCAGCUGGUAUUUGAGGUGGGAUGUUGGUUGGCUCCCAGGGAUGGAAGACAUUCCAGUACGAAUACUAAGGUAUUUGAAGCUAUGUUGCCGCAAGUUUCUGGGGUUUCUGGGCCACUGCCUGGUCUGUGUGCAAUCCGUUAAACUAUUUUGGUGGUGCUAAAUAGAGUCUCUCAUUUCCCCCUUCCUUCUGUGCUUCAUUGGCAUCCACUAGCAAAGGGGGUGGGGGCGGGCGAAAUGAUGUGUACCAUGUUUCAUUCCAAGUGUCUUCCUGGGGAAGCAAGCAGUUGUAUUCAAAGCAGUUCCUUGUACAAGCAGAAUGCGUUCCACCUGCAAAGCAAGGCUUCCCCUCCUCACCCUGCAUGACUUUUAUGUUUCUUUUGGGGGUUCCCACAACCCUCUGAAGUAGAUUUGGGUGUGGGGUGUGCAUGGGAGAGGGGGAGGGGGAGUCCCAUGCAUGGCGUUCCUUGGUGGAAUACCAUCCAGGGCAGGACAUGAAGGUUGGCAGUGGCCAGACCUCAUCUGAAUUGCAGCUUCUUCCCCGAAUGUAGUUGAAGAGCGUGAUUGCACUAUCCAAUAAUUGUCCCCAUUAAACUGUGCUCCUUUGGAGAGAGCAGGCGAUACACGCAUCUCAUGAUGAUAGAACUAUGCAGAUAAAUAUAUUUGUGCCAUGUUUUGCAGUGUUUUUGAUGUGUGUUGGUGUGCAGCAAACAUACUUGCUGCAUAAAGUGUGAAUUAGCCUAGAUUUGAGACUUCAGGUGACUUGAUCUGGCCCUGUCAAGAGUGCAGGAUAAACUGUCUCUAUAGCAACUUUUUCAGGGAAGAAGACAAAGGGCGAGAGGCACUAAAGGGAACUUAAUCUGAGUGGUGGCGGCGGCGAAUCUAUGCAUCUACAAUGGGCUGCGGAAAAGCUUUGCCCUGCAGUAACCCUGCUCGCCUCCCUGUUGCCACAGCACUUCAGCAAAGUGGAUAUUUUCACUCUUCCUCUGAUUCCAGGCUUUCCACAUCCCCCUCCUCUUCCCGCUCUGCAGCCUGUAAAGCCAAGUUAUGUUCCUGGAGCCCUGAUGAGAUGGCUCUGAGCUGACAGGAGGCAGAUCCAAGCUGCUUGGCUUGAAUAAAUCCAGAUCUGAGCGGCAAAGUAUUUUCCCACAUUUCGCACAGAAAGAAGUGGAAAGUCUCUCGAGGGAGACGGCUGGCUGAAGCAAAUGGCGCUCAGAGGGGUAGAUGGUUGGAAUUCUCUCCCAGUAGACUUUUCUGGACUUCCUCUGGCAAGGCCACAGGUGACAGGAAGCAUCUGUUCUUCAAGACUCCUCUAACCCUCCUUUGUUUCCACUACCUUUUGCCUCAGGGGAAAGAGCUGCUUUUUCUGCAGUUCCAUAGCAUCUGAACCUUUGGGAACCUAAAGUUCAACCUGUGCAUAAAUGGCAGGCCAAACAAGGUUAGGCUAUUCUCACAUGUAUAAAACUUGGUGGCUUUUGUAAUAGGAUGCCCACAUGGUUCCCUAAUAAGCUUUCUGUUUUUACCAGUGCUGGCACAAGCUCUCCCUUUGGAAUAAGUUUUUUCCUAGGAGGAGCUUGCACUGCAUGGAGAUCUGCUCCACAGAAAACUAUUCACUAUGUAAACAGCUGUUACCUGGUGGUCAUAAUUCACUUGCCAGAGCUGAGAUAAUACAGGAGGGAAAGCAAGACUGCUGCUGCAAUGUCUUAUUGGCAAAGAGAACUAAAUUUUAAGUAUGAGCAGGUUGGUUUUAGCCCUAGGCUUCUCCCUGUGUCUACUGUAGCAAGGGGAGCCCAUUUUGCCAAUGCCACCUUGUCACUGUUGAGCUCCAGUGUUAACUUCACAGAGACUACAUCUUCUCCACAGCUCCCUUGGAGGCAGGUGAACUAUAUUGGCAGUUCUUUGAAUGGAACCAUCACUUUUCCAGUUUGUCUGGCUUUCUGUACUUUGUAGCAACAACAUGGAGGCAGUGGGGGAAAAUUCCGCAUUUCUGCUGACAAUGUUAAUGAUCCUUUCAUGACUGAUGCGAGGCCCUGACAGAAUACAGUCUGUUUCACAUAAGCGGGUAUAAUAAACAUCCUGUGUACCAGAUUAUUCUCAAAACACUCUAAAGUUCUGGAGAAGGUUUUGAAUUACUGGCCUCUAGCCAGCAAAUAGGUCUGCAUGCUGUGUACUGUUAGAUUAUUUUGUUCUUCAAUGUUUACUAUAGGAGCUAUUUAUAUUCAAGUGUGCCAUGGAAGUCUCACUUAAUUGUUAAGUAUAAAGUGUUCGGCAUGCGCUUGUUUUCCUUUACUGCUGACCAGGUGGAAAGCAACCUGUAACACACAGAAGUCCUGUCUGUGAAAGUUUCAUUGUGUAAUAAAAAUAUCUGGACGUUCUAGUUGCAGAGCAGCAGGGCAGGGGACCUUCUCCACUCCGUAUUUCCUUCUGGGUAACCUUCUGGGACCCACAUGCCAAUGUUGCACAGGGCCAGAGUCCAACCUGAGCAGAGCAACCAACGUAAAUUUUAUCUCUGUACUGCUGACUCGUUUCUCCAGCCACCCCUCUCUGUCCUCCACCCAGGCAAGCAAGAUGUAUUCCAGCCAGACAAAAGUACUUCCAGCCAGGGCAAAAGCAGGGCUGGUAAAAGAUGUGGUCUGGAGAUAGCAGAGUGGGAAUAUAGCCUGGCAAGGCAGCCAGUGUGGUGUAGUGGCUAGAGUUUGGGACUAGGAUCUGGGAGACCAGCUUUCGAAUCCUUACUCGGCCAUGCAACUGAGUGACCUUGGGCCAGUCACUGUCUCUCAGGCUAGCCUUGAAGGAAAAGGUGGGCUAUAAAGACAAUAAAUAAGAGUCUUGAGGGCCAAAUAGAGGGUCUUGAAAGGGUGCAUUUGCCCCCUGGGCCUGAGGUUUCCUACUCGUUGUUGUAAAACUUGGGGAAAGGCAAGUCCCUGCCCUGACCAUUUGAAUUCAGCCUUGGCAGAGGUGUCUGCAGAGAUUUUCUAGACCUAUCCUCCUUGCCCCAGGUUGGCUUUGUGAUUUCCUAGAUCAAAUCUGCAUUAUGGCCCUGGGAUUAUUGUCCCAUUCUCAUCCGAGGAUGAGGGCUGCCAGUUGGCUCCCACUGACGGAACACUGUUGGACUGCGACGUGUUUGCAGCUCGCUUGCCAACUGAUGGCUCUGUGCCUUAGGUUUUGCUGCCAUAUGACUGUUGCACGACUCGUGGCUUCACUUAAUUCUGGUUUGUAGGCAAAUUUUUAGCCUGCGUGUUUAUCACAGGAGGAUGCACAGCAGAACAGGCUUCCUGUUUCUUUAUUAAAGUGUGAUCAUAUGUAAAAAAAAAGAGAAAAAGGUCUGAUACAAGCCCUUAUUCAGCUGUUUCCUUGUAUUCUUUCUGCUUAUGCCAAGACACACUGGUCCUAUUGUGCUCUUCGCUACAGGCAUCCUAACAGGGGUCUUGGUGGCAUGUUAGCAGCAGAAAUAGAUGUUAUAAUACACCUUAACCUGAGUGGUAUGGCAAGCUACCUUCCAGUUAUUCUGCCUUUUUAAAAGCAGCUGCUCUGGCAAGUCGGACUGGGACCUACUGCUUCUUACUUCAUGUGGAGGCCUGCAUGAUUGAGUGCUCCUCUCCAACUGUGUUUUAGCCUAGCCUUCUCCCUGACAUUUAGCUCUCUAUGCGGAGUGAUUUUAGUUUAUUUUUUGGUAUGGAAAACCAUUCAAUCUUGUCAGACCCCACAGUCAGUUUGAAGCAAUAAACCUUAGGCAGGUUAACCACUUCAGUGGGAAUGAUGUCCAGGUUGCUAGCUUUCGAGCCAUCCUUUUUUAGAUAGCUUUUAUGAAUUUUAUGAAAUAAAUAAAAACCAUUGAAGCGGUGUUUUGAAGACUGCUUAGUUUAGCUCUUUUGUUUUUCAACUUUGCUUGACUUGUGAUCACAAGGCAAAAUAAAAACAAACAAACCAGGCUAUAUAAUACCGAUAACUUGCUUUUUGUUCUAAAUUAACUGUAGCAAAGAUGCUUGGUGCUAUGCUUUAAGUAGACCGUUCUUUGUUCUAGACAACUCAUGCCUAACAUAUACACUAUGAGCGAAUCUGCUGUGUGCUGGCAGGACUCUUAGCACUGUUUAGAAAUGGGGGACUUAAAAGAACUGCUGUUUGAUGGUGGGGGACCUGGCUACCCAGAUGUUGGACUCCAAUUCCUACCAGCCCCAGCCAGCAUGACCAGUGGUGACAGAUGAUGAGCCCAUCAACAUCUGGAGAGCCACAGAUUCCCCACCACUGCUUUAGUUUGAUUGACAGCUUCACAUAGCUCAAGGCUUCUGAAUUACUUAUAUCUAGCUGGAAACUACUGUAAGUUGGAGGUAGAUAAUAUUUCAGUAAUAGAUAGGAGGAAAUACCCAGAAAAAUAGAAUUGGGUAAACUUUGUUAGCUUAAAUACUAGGGCCAGCUGGGAUAGAUUUUAUCUUUGUACUUUGCUCCUAGAAGCAUCAAUGUGACCUUUUCAGAAAAAUAGGUUUGUACUAGAGGGAACUUGUGCUAUUGCAUAAGGAGCUUUUGAAGACUCUUCUAGUAUAAAAGUACCAUAAGAAAUACACCUUUUGUACAAUCUGUUUUCAGUAACCAAAACUUGUUUUCCAGAUCUUGGGUGCUGUGAUCCUGGGCUUCGGAAUAUGGAUUUUGGUUGACAAGAAUAGCUUCAUUUCAGUUUUGCGUAAGACUGCUUUUCUUAUCUUUGCAUUUGUUCCUUGGGUGUUUAUCUGUCAAGAGAGAACACCAUGUUGUGCUUACUAAAUUAUAAAGGGAAGCCCAUCUGAACAGCAGCCCCCCUUCAGAUCAUAGUCCAAAGCAAAGGUGGCUUCCUGCUAGAUUUAGAAGAGCUUUCUAUUGCUAAUCAGCCUUUUCUUUCUUGGAAGGCUAUGUCAGGUCAGACAGAAAGCAUUAGGCUUAAAGUUCUCCAAGGCUUGGUAACUUUGGUUCACCUCAGCAAAAGUCUGAGGGACAGAUUUGGUAAAGGGGAACUGCCAAGCUAAUGCAUUUCCUUUUAAAAAAAAACACCCAGUGUGGUGUAGUGGUUAAGAGCGGUAGACUCCUAAUCUGGGGAACUGGGUUCGCGUCUCCGCUCCUCCACAUGCAGCUGCUGGGUGACCUUGGGCUAGUCACACUUCUCUGAAGUCUCUCAGCCCCACUCACCUCACAGAGUGUUUAUUGUGAGGGAGGGAGGGAAAGGAGAAUGUUAGCCACUUUGAGACUUCUUAAAGGGAGUGAAAGGCGGGAUAUCAAAUCCAAACUCUUCUUCUUCUUCUUCUUCUUCUUCUUCUUCUUCUUCUUCUUCUUCUUCUUCUUCUUCUUCUUCUUCCCUGUGCAGUUGUGCAUGCUAUUUCCACUUUCCAUGUUUUUUAUCUGGGUCAGUGCUGCAGUGUUACUCACAAGGGAGAAAUAACAAGAAAGGGCUAUGCUGAAAAGUGUGUUUUAAACCAAGUCCCCCCCCCCCCUUUUAAAACAAAUGCUUGCAGCCAUUUUUAGACUGCAGAAGCAGUUGAGGCUUUGCCUUGUGACCUAGUUUUCUCCCUGUGGUCUAGAACCAAAACUAAUAGCUGUAUGAACUCAGCAGCUCAAAAGGAGUUUUGCCCACACUGAGCCUAUGGGCUGAUUUUGCUUGCCAAGGACUUGAAGUAUUCUGUAUACGGGCUCCUUUCCUGCCCCCAGCCCUCUUCCUUUCUUGCUUGUAAUCUCACUGCAUGUAUGCAGUAUUUUUUCUGCUUCCUUCCUUGAGAUCCCAGAUGAAGCCCUUUCCCCUCCCUUUUCUCAUUUCUUUCCCCCCUCUUUUUAUUUUUUAUUUUUGCUUUGGUAACCUUAACAAAGUCUGGGAAGGAACUUUACACAGCAGGGCAUUCCAGUCCAUUGCCAGAGAGGCCCCCCCCCAACCCUUGUGCUUAUCUGGCUUUUUCCCCAGAAACGAGGAAAAAGAUGGCGCAAGAGGGAAUAUAAACUGUGAGCCUUUUGCCAACAAGGUUUGAGGAGCUUUCCUCCAAAAUCCAAGACGUGCUGCAGGCUGUAGACUGAGCCCAGGCUGUGUCUUUCUGCUACAGUCUCUUUUUUCCAAGGCUUUGUCUCAGUGCCUAUCUAUACCAGCGUUCACCAAGGUGGAGCCCUCUAGGUGUUUUUUGGACUACAGCUUCCAGUGUCCCUGGCCAGUGACCACGAUGACUGGGGCUGAUUGGAAUUGGAGUCUGGCAACAUCUGAAGGGCACGCCAUUGACAACCCCUGCCCUGUACGUUUGGAAAGGCAGCCAGGUUGGGUCCAUCAAAUGAGUUAGUUGCCACUGCCCCAUGUGAGAAGUUUUGCAUAACUAUCAGUGGAAGUGUCUUGUGAUCCCACAGUAAGAUGCAACAUGCAAACUCUCUCACACCCCACCCAGUAAGCUAAUAUUAAUGCCACCAGCACUGCUGUUUGGCAAGUUCCCUUUCCUUACCUUUUUAAGGGUGUUUGCUGAACUGGGUUAGAGGGGGAUAACUGGGGUUUGGUGGCUGCAUAUUAGAAGAUGUGCAUCCUUCAAAGGCCAAUUCUACCUUGCAACUUGGCAGUUGUCUCAGAGGAACCUUUUGGGAGCAGCUAACUAGACUCUGGGGGUAGAGCGAACAGAGACAGGAUAAAGUCUUCUUUUGUGCGCCUCUUGCUUGCCUAGUCAUCAGUUCCUAUUAUGCAGCCUUCUCUCCUUCAUCGCCCCACUUCAGUUCUCUGACUGCCUAUUUGUGGAUCUCUCCAUCACAAGCAACCUUCACGUGGCCUUUGAUUAUCUAGGCCUGAAGUUCUUAGCUCUCUGAAGCGCAUGUGGCUCUGAGCAGUCUUGUUUUUCUGGAGCUAAGCAACGUUAAAAGAAUCCUCCUUCACUUUGUGUCCAUUUCUCUUCUGGUUUCCACAGAGACCUCAUCGUCAUCGCUGAAGAUUGGGGCGUACAUUCUCAUUGGAGUCGGUGCUGUGACCAUGUUGAUGGGGUUCCUGGGCUGCAUUGGAGCAGUCAAUGAGAUCCGCUGUCUCUUGGGUCUGGUGAGUGAAAAGAGAUAAAUGCUACUUUAAGUGACUUGCUGGUACUGCCUGAGGGCUGCAGUUGAACUAGAGACCAAGGCAUGCAGGAAUAUCGACUACAGUUGAUAGAGAAGUACAGUACUUCGGAAUUCUAAGCGAGACAUUCCUGGCUUCACAGAAAACUGAGGCAUCUAGAGAAGGGCCUCCAAAGUUAAGCAGGUGGCAACUUUAGUCUCUUUGGCUGUCCUGUCCUGUCCCUUUCCCAGGGAAAACACACCUGAUGCCUGUUAUGUUUCUUUGAUGUCCAUGCAAAGCCCUUUUCAGACAAGGAAUAGUGAUUGCCAGCUCCUUCAUUUGAUUAUCAUGUUGCUAUUUUGUUGGAUAAGGUGGUGGUUUCUUUUAAAAAUAAAUCAGUAACCUAUAAUUAAUCUAAAUAAGGACAUAUGAAGAUGGAAUGAUAUUGGGUUGCUAAUAGGUAAAAAAUAGGUGUGACCAGGUUUUUGAAUAUUGGUGUAUGUGUGUGUGUGUGUGUGUGUGAGAGAGAGAGAGAGAGAGAGAGAGAGAGAGAUGCAUGGAUGUGAAAUAAUUUGUGUGUAUACAUAUGUGUGUAUAAAUAUUAUGUAUUACCCCAGGUUUCAGUUUGCACUUGCCAUUAUGGGAGCUUUUCUCCCCUGUAGGUGAGGAAAAUUAUGGGUGGAAUUAACCCAAGAAGCCUUGUCAGUGGAAGCUCUGUGCAAGGACUUCGGCUGUGCAGUGGGCUUCCCCCCUUCUCCUACUGUGAUUCUGCCCCCCUCCCAUGCCCCUCAGUUGGCUCUGGAAGUGGGGACGGGAGAGUCCCCAGAACAGGGCUUAGACAAAUGAAGUUUCUGUAAUAGUGUAUUGUUGAAUUCUACUAUUUAUUUUUGAUUCUCACAUGUAUCAUGAAAUCCAAGUGUUACAUGAGACCUUUCCUGAAUCUUCUGGGAUGCUCUGAGCCCCAAUAGUUGUCUCGACAUCUGUUGUCCUUUGUAUGCUGUACUCAGUCCGGCAGCUGAACUGUCUUCCUUGUUUGCAUUGUGAAAAGUGAUACUCCUGUAUAUCGGGCGAAGCUUUUGAGCUAUGCGACAAUGAGUACCAGGCAUGUAGGCUCUUGAACUGCUUCCAACUUGGGCAACUACCCUGUGUACACCUGGGCCAAGUUCUUGUUGGAACACCUGGAAGGAGCCAAUUUAUGAGCUUAUUGCACUUGAAGAGUAGGCAAAAAUGGGGGGAAAUGUUUUUAUUGGCUGUGUUGCAUGGGAAAUAACUGUAUGCACUCCUAAAAAGAAAGCAGACUAUCUCAAAAACUCUUUCUUCUUAGGCCCGACUCUGUUCCAUAGGCUGUCCCCUGAAGAGCUUUUCCUGAGGUUGCUGUCUAUAGUAAUGACCAUGCCAAACACCAAGUAAUGUUGUGCUAUUUCUUUUUUUCAGUACUUCACCUGCCUGUUGUUGAUCCUCAUAGCCCAGAUAGCUGCUGGCGUGCUCAUCUACCUCCAGCGGGAUAGAGUAAGUGACUCCUUUCCUCUCCCAGUGUGAGAGCCAGUGUGGUGUAGUGGUUAAGAGCGGUAGUCUCGUAAUCUGGGGAACCGGGUUCGCGUCUCCGCUCCUCCACAUGCAGCUGCUGGGUGACCUUGGGCCAGUCACACUUCUUUGAAGUCUCUCAGCCCCACUCACAGAGUGUUUGUUGUGGGGGAGGAAGGGAAAGGAGAAUGUUAGCCGCUUUGAGACUCCUGAAGGGGAGUGAAAGGUGGGAUAUCAAAUCCAACUCUCCUCCUCCUCCUCCUCCUCCUCCUCCUCCUCCUCCUCCUCCUUCUUCUUCUUCUUCUUCUUCUUCUUCUUCUUCUUCCCACCUGCUUUCUUCCAUGGAAACUGUGCUUUCACCAUCUGCUCCUGGUUUCUGAUGCAGAACUUAGCUUUGCCAUUCCUCUCUGGGAAAAUUCUUAAAUCUAGCUCUUGUAGAUUUAAGAGCUAGUCCUUGGGCAAAUGACUAGCCCAAGGUCACAUUUCCUUUCAAAAUAUUUCUCUUGAUUGUUGUGUUCCCACACAUACAAUAUCAUGAGGUCGAGCUAAACAAAACAUACGCCUGGAUAGCUCAGUUGGUUAGAGCAUGGUGCCGAUAACGCCAACAUUGCAGGUUUCAUCCCCAUAUGGGACAGCUUAAUAUUCCUGCAUCGCAGUGGCUUGGACUGGAUGGUCCUCUGCAAUUCUAUGAUUCUAUGUACAAAAGCAGAUGGUUUAUGCCAAAUGAACACAGAAGGCAGAAUAAAAUGCUUCACUAGUGGACUUCUGCUAGCACCAUGGACUUCACCUUUCUUCCUCCCCGGGGGCAGAUCUGGGGAACUGGAGGAGAGUGUGCAAGUCAGCACUGGAUACAACCCAUAGCAUUUAUUGCAUAUUUCAGGGGUAUAGGAUGGUUUGUGUUGAAUUUGCUUUUCGCUGUUAACAUAAUUUGGUUGUGAAGAGUCUAGAAAAUAAAUUAAUUGCUCAAAGGGCAACUCCUAAAACUGGGGUGCAGUCUACUUUGGGGUUUUUUUUUAGAAGGCUGGGAAAUUCUAAACCCUUAUUCCCUGCUGACACAUUAUGCCAUGCAGACUUGGUGCUCAGUAGUAGCCUCCUGCCUCAGAAGUGGUGGCACAUUUUUUAAGAAUCUGGGUGAGAACCAAUGUAAAUAAAACUGGCAUGAUUUAAUUUGGGGGUAGAGGAGCUCUGAUCCUGUGCUGGUGAUUGAAUACAAACUCCCAUCCGCUCCAGACAGCAUGGCCGAUGGUCAGAGUUUAUGAUAGUGAUAAUCCAGCAACAUCUGGAGGGCCACAAAUUCCUGGUCCAUAGCCUAGUUAAAAAUGAAAUAGCAGCUGGGAGAAAGUUACUUUAACCACUUCCCCACUUGAGUGCUUCCUCUUAGGUGCAUGUGUUCCAAAUGUGUCUAUAAACCUGGAAAAGCCCCUGUUUGCCAGCUGUCAUGCAUGGCACACCCCACUCCUUGUUUCGUUGCUAUUUUAGUGUCCUAGAGCUACCACUGGUGGCCUUCAAAAGCUAAAUUCUUAACUAUUUUGUGUUUUUAAUACUGUGAACUGCCCUGUGAUCUUCAGAUUAUAGGAAUGGUAAAUAAAUUUAAUAAAUAACCGUAAUAAAAUUCUGAAAGGGUAGGGUUGCCCAGACAUGGCAUUUUAUUUAUUUCAUUCUGGUAUGUGGAUAGGCUGCCACUUCACACCUGCAGCUGUGUUUAUUUCUGAGCUGUAUUUUGAGACAAAGAUGUAAUUCUAGUAUAUAGUUUACCAAAAGGACCAGCACUGUUUUAGCUUUGAAACCAAAGCAGAAUAGGCCAAUGCUGAUUAUAUGAAUGCAGCGUGUGGACUAGAACUUUUCUGGGUGGUGGUGUGUGUGUGAAAGAGAAAGUGGGCUCAAACAGCCAUCCUUGGUAUGAGAACAGGGACAUUUCCUUUGUAUAGUGUGGGUCUGAAGCAGGGUGGUAAAAAUUAUGUAAAAUUUGGCUUUACAUAAUUGCCAAAUUGACAUGCUUGAGCCCCUUCCUACAGUUAGUGUCAAACUGGAUGGAGUAAAGCCUUUUCUGUUUGUAUGGAAUUUUUUAAAAUGUCUCUUCUGUGACCUUUUUAUGAUCUCCUGCAGUGGUUGAACCUGUUCUGUGCUUUUAACUGGCUGUUUUACAUUGUAAAAUAGCCAGUUAAAACUGCAUAACAAGCUCAACAACAAUAUUCAGGAUCUCUUCUCCUGCAACCUCUUUCACUUCAGCUGAGGUUGCUGUUGCGCUAAGAGAAAAAGUCUGCAAGAGAUAUUUUCCCUGAUGCCAAAGAAAAAGACCCCUGGCUAGGUAUAAUGUAUAAAGAUUGCAAUAGCCACCUCCUUCCUUCUUCAGGCAUGUUAUUCCAUGAAGCUCCAGCAAUUUUUUUCUCCAGAACUCUUCUGCUGCUACCAGUCUUUGAUUGAGGGUUUUUUUGUUCCCUCAAAGUCUGGUUUUCUGAGAUAUUUUUCUCCCUUUGAUGCUGUAGAUGUUUUGGGUUUGGCUUGUCAUAUUUUCCUCCACAUUAUAAAGAUGGAGGCCUCUGUGUGGAGAAGUUGCUGCAGGGUUGCUCUAGCAACAGAGGUUGGUCCCGAAGCCUCAUUUUUCUUCUGCUUCAUAGUGGUGGGGAGGCAUCUUUGGAAACAUCACAGAACUCUUCUUGGCAGGAAGAGUCUGGCACACCAGUCUCCUCUCCCCUCAUGUUGUUUGAUAAAGGUGGGCCUACUUCCAGCUAGAAUCUGGCUGCCAGGAGGCAAAGCUGGCAGGGCGCUGUCUUAUCCCUCUCUCAUCCAGUGGUCUGAGUCACAAUGUUGCAUAGCUGAGUGUUUCAUUCUGUGCAAAGGAGAACUUUCUUUUGGUUAAAUUUUAGCUUUCAUAUGUCUCCUGGGGCCAUGAAACUACCAGUGCAAUUUUGCAGGUGGGAUUCAGUUGCAUAACAGCAAAAUCAGGUUUUGCAGUUGAAAGUGGAUUUGGAGCUCUUGUGCAACAAGCGCUCUUUCUCUCCUCGGACUUUUUGCCGGAAGGAAAGUGGCAAGAAAAUGCCGUGGCAAGUGUUGGGGAGGAUAAUUGCUUGAAGCAAGGCCUUAUGGGCUCAAUAAACAGGUUAUCUGGAAGUAAACCAGGCCUACCCAGAACACACUGCUCCUGUCAGGAAUUCCUGUUGCACUUGGGUCCUUCUUCCAGGCUUCUCAUAGGCAUCUGGUUAGUCACAGCGUGAUAUGAGAAAGUUGAACAACAUGGGCCUUUGGCCUCAUCCAGCAAGGAUGCUCUCAUGAUCUCACUUUCAGUCCAGAUGAUGCUGGACUUCAGUUCCUAUUAUCUCCAGCAAACAUGAGCCAUGGCCAGGGAUGAUGGGAGUUGGAGUACAGCAAAGUCUGAGGACGCCAUGUUGGCUACCCAAUAAUCUGAGGCAGAUUAUAGGGGCAAGAAGGACAGAACUGGGUGUACCACAUGGUCUGCACAUCUUAUGUUGGCCCACUGUCCUCAGGUGCAUUGGAGGAUGCUGUCUCACCGCCUGUGUUGAAGUACGACUCUCUGUCCAUACAACUGGCUUCUGUCAAUGGAAUGGGGACAGGGUGCCAUCUUUGCCUCAGGUAGCAAAAUGUCUUAGACCAGCCCUGUCUUUGCCCUGCCUCUUCUCAAAGAUACUUUCCCCUCAACUCUCAUUUACUUUGGGCCAAGCAAGGCAUGAUAUUAAAAUGCAUGUCUGCAUUUAAUGUGCACUAUAUGGAAAUUAUUGGGAGCCCACUCAGGCAGAAACGGGGGGUGGAAGAGCCUCUGUUUCUGGAAUUUGACUUGCAGUCAGUGAGGUAGUACUAAAUGGAAACUUUUGACCUCUCUUGCUUUUCCAUGGUAUGUAUGCAAACUCUCAUCAAGGGGAAAUUGUGAAACAUUUCAUUGUUCCUGUCUGAUCUCAUAACUGGGGCUGCCAGACAGUAACCCAGACGCCUGUACCAUACAUAGCUCGGGAUGUGAGCUUGUGCUUCACCUACUUGACACUUGCUGGGCUCGUGCCUCAGGAGUCCUCCUCAAUGAUUCAGUGACACAAACGGGCCAAAGAAAAGCUGGCUGACUUCUUCUUCCAAAACCUCCAGCUGUUGGCAGUACCCUGUAGAAACUCUGUACUAGAAGGAAGGGCUUGCUCUCGGUUGCUGUCCCUUCCUGUAUAUGUGACAAGCAGGUACCCUUUUUUAGGGUUAGAAUAUACACCGUUAGCAUGACUGUGUCCUUUGUGCCAUUGGACCAGUCAGGUAUUCCCCCUCUGCUCUCAAGCAGAGUUUGUGCUUUCCUCCCCUUUUUGUUUCUGUUCCCUCGCGUCUCCUUGCUCCACAUCCCACACAGAUCCACACUUGUAGCCCUUCACUCUUUCAAACUAUCCUCUGAAUAGUAUCCUGCUGAGGGUGACACACAAAAAACCCUGAGAUGUCAUGCACAUUUCUUGCUGUGACAUCUUGUCCCAGGGGAAAUUGCAAAUAUGCAAAUGGAGGGAAGAGGGGAACCUGUGGUCAUGAAGCUCAGUGAUGCAACACACCAAGCCAUUGUUCAGGUGGAACGUGCUUGUGUUUUGUUAGGUGGCUGUGGAUUCAUUUUUUUAAUAGAUUAAGUGUGGGCUCCACAUGCUAAUAAUCUGAUUUAAUAUCCAGGCUAUUUUUUACAAGAGAUGAAUAUUAUUUUCUUUUUUUAAAUAAAUGUUUUAUACUGUAUCACACACAGAAGCAACUAGUGCAAAAGAUAUGCUUGGUGUGUGUGUGUGUGUGUGUGUGUGUUAUUUGGGGGAAUUGGGGGGAAGACAUUGAAUUCCUUUGUGGCCUGUUCUUUUUUGGAGAGGAAAAGGCUGGAUGCAUUUGGAAGUCAUGUCAUCUACUUAACCAGGAAUGGCUUUUGGAGAGGGGGUGCGGAGCUACAGACUGUAGUUGCAUGACAAGGAAAAGGCACAGUACACAAACAUGGGCAUUAAACUAAUCCAUGCAUUUCUAAUCUCAUUCACACAUGACACUAAAAACUGAUUCUGGGGCUAAGGUCUGGUGAGCCCACACCUAGGCAAAGGGUACAGUGCAUCAUGCCCACAUCAUUUGGGUGGGAAAGCAUCACUUGCCACCGACAAUCUUGAAACUCGGACCUUUUCGGUUUUCCACAUUUUGAGUCUGUAGCAUGUAAAAGCGGUCUUCUCUUUUUAACACAGCAGAGGGGAGGGACAAUGAAAACCCACAGGCUCCUUGCCUUUUUGCCAUCUAUGACUGAGGACAAAGGCAGCCAGGACCAAUUGCAUUAGCGGCAGGAACCAGGUCAAGUUGCUUUCCUGCUCAUCCCUCCUUUCCUCCCUGGGAGGAGUUGGGGCGAGAGGCAGAGCGCUUGGCCAUGUAAACUGAGUAACAGAGGGCCAGACGUCAGCUGGGAGUGAUUGUAUGAUUCUCUUCCAUCUGACUGCAUGGCCAGGAGGAAUAUAUGAGCAGAUGCAGCCUCCUUCGGAGCGGCUUUGCUCGGAGGCAGUCUGUAUGCAGCCACCACUGAGAACAGCCUUGCUUGGUUGUAUGUCUGAGGAGAGUGCGAGCUUCAUUGGGGCUGAGCGGGGCUGCCAUAUGGAGAUCUAUUUGACUGGCUGCCCUGUGGAAAUUUGACCUAGUUCUGAAAGCCCAUUACAAAUGCUUCAAGUGCCAGCUUUGUCCCCAGCGUGACACUCUCGAGCUUGUGCAGUCGAGUGCUGGGUACUUUGUGCUUGCAGAAUUCGGAAGAGGAGCUUUAUUUAAAAUAGCUUGACAGGGACAGGCUGGCAGUGUGGUUUAGCGCAGUAACUGGGCCAUCCCGCUUAAGUGAGCUCAUGAACUGGUGCAAGCUGCAGUCAGAGAGAUCUCCCGCUUUACUGGCCUAGACAGGCACAGUAAUCAGAUCUGGGGGGGAAGAAACCUGUGGCCCAGUUGCAUUGCUGUCAGAGGGAAUUUGCUUCAUUUGCAGAUCUGGAGGUUCACUAAUACACAUCUAUUGAUCAUCUAUCUGUCUAUCAUCUAUCUAUCAUCUAUCUAUUUUUAUUGACUUAUAGAAAUGUGUACAAACUUACACAAAACCAUACAAACAACAACAAAACCAUACACAGAGCAUAUUCAAUGUAAAAACAAAAUAAAGAGAUGCAGUUACAUAUGGCCACAUUUUAAAGAUGAAUUUAUAUAGCCCAACCACAAUGAGGAGUGAGUCAUGGGAGGGGUACGUCUAUGACUCUCCCUAUUUAUAUAAUAAAAAUAUGGGCACCAGUGUGCGUCAAAAAUGUCUCAUUUGGCUUUGCUCCAGACUACACAUUUAUGUCUGACCAGGCGUUCAGAUAAAGCAAUGUUCCAUAUAUUAGUAAAUAAUGCCUCCCACAUAGGAAGCUUUGAUGAUUUCUUGUAUUGGGCUAUUGCCAGUUUGGCUGAAAAUAGUAACAUAAGCGUUAGGCUUUCUUAAGUUGCAGGAAAAUUGACAUUGUUCUCUAAAGAAAGAAGGGCUAUGGAGGCAAAUGCUGUUAAAUAGCAGCUCUCAUUGAAAAAAACCAGCUUCAGAAUGGCUGAAUCUCCUCACAAUUCCACCGCUAAUAUGCUAAUUUUGAGUUAACAUCCUCUGGGAGGAUCCUGACCUGAACUGGUCUCCUAUAGCUAUGAUACUUAUGGCAUAAGUAUCACCAAGGGUGGUGAGCCCUGGGAGUGGGGGGAUGAGAGGUGGAGUGCAAAAAAUGAGAGUUGAGCAGAAGAUGUUCAAGAUGUUUUCAAGCUGAGGCAGCCAACUGACCACUCUCUCUACAGAGCCUUCCCUCAGGAAAGGAGGGGGGAGGAUGAGGAUGUUUGUAGGUGCUUGACCCAGUAUGGUGCCCACCCAUCCCUUCAGAAAAUGAUGAUUUGUCUGAAGAGGAGAUGAUCUAGGGACUUAGCCAGUCCAUCCAGAAGCCAUACAUCCUUGCUUCUUAAGAAGCUCUGGACUGUGUACAGUGGUACCUCGGGUUACAUACGCUUCAGGUUACAGACUCUGCUAACCCAGAAAUACAGUGGUGCCCCGCAAGACGAAUGCCUCACAAGACGAAAAACUCUCUAGACGAAAGGGUUUUGCGUUUUUUGAGUCGUUCCUCAAGACCAAUUUCCCUAUGGGCUUGCUUCGCAAGACGAAACGUCUUGCGAGUUUGUUUCCUUUUUCUUAAAGCCGCUAAGCCGUUAAUAGCCGCUAAGCCGUUAAUAGCCGCUUAGCCGCUAAGCCGCUAAUAGCCGUGCUUCGCAAGAUGAAAAAACCGCAAGACGAAGAGACUCGCGGAACGGAUUAAUUUCGUCUUGCGAGGCACCACUGUAGUACCUCGGGUUAAGAACUUUGCUUCAGGAUGAGAACAGAAAUCGCGGGGUAGCGCCAGGAGGCCCCAUUACCUCGAGUUACAGCCGCUUCAGGUUUCCUUUUUUUUUUGGUUACAAACCGCCAAAACCCGGAAGUACUGGAACAGGUUACUUCCAGAUUUCGGCGGUCGCACAUGCGCAGAAGCACAAAUCGCAACCCGUGCGUGCACAGACGCGGGUUGCGAAUGUGCAUCCCACACGGUUCACGUUCGCAACCCGAGCCAUAUAUAUAUUAUAUAUAUAUAUAUAUAUAUAUAUAUAUAUAUAUAUAUAUCUCUUCCCUACAUGUUUAGAAAGGUUGCAGUUUUAUAAAUUGGUUGUGCCUUUUAGGUGAACCUAAUACUGUAUGCUGGGCAUGGGUGGUGCUGUGGUCUAAACCACUGAGCCUCUUGGGCUUGCCGAUCGGAAGGUCAGCAGUUCAAAUCCAUACGACUGGGUGAGCUCCCAUUGCUCUGCCCCAGCUCCUGCCAACCUAGCAGUUCGAAAGCACACCAGUGCGAUUAGAUAAAUAGGUACCACUGUGGUAGGAACAGCAUUUCCAUGUGCUCUGGCUUCCGUCACGGUGUCCCGUUGCGCCAGAAGCGGUUUAGUCAUGCUGGCCACGUGACCCAGAAAGCUGUCUGUGGACAAACGCCAGCUCUCUCAGCCUGAAAGCGAGAUGAGCACCGCAACCCCAUAGUCGCCUUUGACUGGACGUAACUGACCAGGGAUCCCUUACCUUUACCUUUAAUACUGUAUGGUAACCUGCAUGUGUUCAACAUGGGCUAAAUGACUUUUUGAAAUCUGUCGGACAAAGAGUGAGUGAUCAAUACUUAACCCCCCCUCUUUUUUUUUAUUCACCAGCUCAGGGAAGAACUGGAUAUGAUUGCUGGCAACCUCAUUCAGAAUUACAAUCCCUACGACGACAAGAAUAGGACCCUUGAGAAUGCGUGGGACUAUGUCCAGUUGCAGGUGAGUGGUCAUGCAAGAGUUGAUCAGACAAGGGGGAAAGGCUGGCUAAUAUUCAGUACGCAAGCAAGAGCCACUUCACUCAGGAGUUACUUUACAUGGGCUUGGGGGGGGGUGAGGGAGAGAAAGGUGUUUGCACGGAACACGAAACCAUGGUUUAUUUUAACCAGUGCUAUUUUUCUAGAAAAAGAUGUGCUGGAACUCACCAUGAACGCCUCCCUCGUUCUCUUAUAAUGGCAAUGGCGCCCACCUGAGAGGUGCCGGAACUGAGUUCUGGCGAGUUUAGGCUGAAAAAAAGCCCUGAUUUUAACCGUGGUUUGUUCAACAAAUCAAGUGUUGCCUCACACAAUGAACAAGGAAGCUUUGGCUUUGCUUUGGACCGCAUGCCACUGAGCUUCCAGCCCCAGAAACUUGUGAUUGCAUGAAGCUAUGACUAUUGAAUGUAUGACUGCCAUGGUUUGCAUACUCAUAAUGACUCACUUUGAGCCACCUUGGCUUUGCGAACGAUGGCAGCAAUCUGCGCCCCUCUCAGCUCAGUGAUGGUCCUAUGCCUCCAGCUGACUGGUGUGUGUUGUCCCCAGAUCAAUAUUAAGUGACACACAUGUGAAGCAGGUGUGUGUGUGUGUGUGUGUGUGUGUGUGUGUGUUUGUUGCUGAAGACAGAACGUUCCUGGUAUGUGAUUUAAUUCCAUGGAAUAUUUCUAGAUGCAGUGGAGUUACAAGCGUGUGUUGUGUGUGUGUGUGUGUGUGUGUGUGUGUGCACGCGCACACGCUCGUUAUUUUAAAGCAAAUCCUUUCAGGAAUCUUGAAACUCUUUUUUCCCUUUCAAAUAUUAUAUAAAUAGCUAAACCUCUUGCUUUGAGGACAAGAAGGCUCAAACCCUUCUGACUUCCAUCUGGUGUGUGCCUGUGUGUGUGUGUGUGUGUGUGUGUGUGUGUGUGUGUUUUUCUUGGCAAACGCUUUGCGUACGUCAGGCUUGCACAACUCGGGACUUGCCAGGCUGAAAUUGGCUCGCCAGCCAUGCAUUGUAAGAUCUGCCAGAUGUUUGGUACCUCUCUGUGUGCUUUCAGGCCCUGGCAGGCAGAACACAAUGCGUGGCUGGUGGGAAACAGCAAAAAAGAAAAUCAGGAUGCGUUUGGGUUAUCAUACUUGGUUAGUGAGCUGCAGUUGGCAGACCUGGUAGGUCACAAGUUGUGCCAGCCUGGCUUGGAGCAUUGUGGCAGACAGGUCAGUAGGCUAAAGUUCUUAAGGCUUUAUAUAAGCAUUGCAUUGGAACAAACGGUUAGGUUCACAUAGAGGUUGCCUCCUUUCUGCUCACCCAACAGCCUUCACUCUCAUGUGUGUGUUCUGGGUAAGUGCUUCCAUGCUCAUUGAGCUACAAGUGAGCCUUCGGUCUCUUAUACAAAGAAUGGAGCAAGAAUAUGAAAAACUGAGCAAAAGUUUUUGAACUUGUGGCUCUCUUUUGUUAAAUCUAGGUGUUCAGUAAUAUGAAACUCUGAAACUUCAUGCACAUAGUCAUAAUAACAAACAGCACAACUGUUUUCCAUGUUGCGCAUAUUAUAUAUAUAUAUAUAUAUAUAUAUAUAUACAUACACCCACCCACACCUACACCCACACUCUCCACUGCAACUAAACAUUCAUAGCCCCAUUUGGCUCUGCAGAUUUAAGUCCCAGCUCAGACACAGGCAACAAAUCAUGGCUUGGCCAUUGUGAAUGGGCUUUGCUCCCUGGGCUUUCUUUUCCCCUAGGAUACUAGGAUUUGUUUCCUUGCUCGGGCAAACCAUUGGUUGCGCCAGAAAUGUCUUUCUCUUGCUGCUGCUGCCCCACAAUAAAUCUGGCUGAAUCAAGAUCUCCAAUCAAAUAUUUGGGACAGAUGGACUCAGAUAUUUAUCUUGAGACUAAUCUGACCUUUAAAGGCCAAAGGUUCCCCACCCCGCCAAUAGGCUGUGGGCUAAGACAGCCUUCCCCAAGCAUGCUGGCCAGGGCUGAGAGGAGUUGCAGUCCAACACAUUUGGAGGGUUGGGGAAAGCUGAACUAAGGUUUGUCUGUCUGAUAGUAGUUUGCUUUUAAUAUCUUCCUCCCCCUUCUCCACAGCUGGGCUUGUUUAAUUUGUUGGUGGUGAGGAAGAGAGUAGGUGACAAGCGCCAUCUUCUGGUGACUUGCUGUUUUAACACUUGGCAUUCUUUGGCUAAAUUACUGGUUUGAGGCGGCAUGUACGAAUGGAGCUGAGCUAUUGUCUUAUCUUUAAAUUACUAGCACUCUGAAAAUUCAGAACUCUGGGUUGGAUCCAGAGGCGCGAGAGCAGAAUUAAUUCUGGGAUUGCAAUGUUCUAUGAACUGAUGUGCGAGAGGUUGCAGAAGACAACGUGGGUUUAUUAAGCUUGUGUCUGUUUCUCAUUUUUACAAUCUUAAAUUCAUUAAAUUAAAUUUCUGCAGCAAUUUGCAAUAUUUUUAAAAAAUCCUCAUGAAAAUUCUUCAGUAUUUUAGUGUGCUUUUCUCCUUUUGUUCCGGACCAAUGCACACAUUUUUGCAAUCAGUUUCUCCUAAUAUACUACAUUUAUGUAUAUGUUAUUUUUACCAAUAGAUUCCUUUUUAUGUGCACUGUCCCCUAUAUGCAUUCCUGUAAACAUUGUUCGGUUGGAGAACGGCAUAACAAAAUGCGGUGUGAAUUUUGAAGGUGGCUGUGUUUUGGUUCUCAGAUUGUUUUAGAGUUUGAAUUUGAUAGAUUUGGCUUCUGUGUGGACGGAAUCAAAUUCCUCCCCUACUUUUAAGACACAGUGAUUUCUUUCUUCAAUGGCAGCUGUCUUGCUGUGGCUGGGCUGCACCAGAAAAUUGGAAAAACAACACUUUCCUCCAGGACGGAAACCAGACAUCCUACCCUUGCUCUUGUGGCAAUGACUCGACUAACUCCCUCUCAGAAACAGGCUUCUGCUCUUUGGGUACUGUUUCCAACACCACAACGGUUGAGGACUGGCCUGUUAGAAAGCAGGUGAGUGUGUCUGACAAUGGACAAUCUUAAUCCCAUUGCAGGAGGUUGUAUAAGGGCAGGUGUAGCUAAGCCUCAGUUUAGGGGCCUGAUCUGCCACCUCAGGCAAUUUUUCCUGGCCACCCAACACCCGACCAAUUUGGUGGCAGCACCAGAAAGGGGGGGAAACAGUUUUUUAAGUAGGUGCAACACUGGGAUGGGCAGAGCACGGUGCCCAGAUGAAGAUGCAGUUGCAGAUUGCUGCCUCCGCUGUUGUCAGAUUGAUCAUUUGAGUGGAGAACAUGCAAUAGUCCCUCUCCCCCAACUGAUCCAUGCAGAUCAGUUGAGGAAGGGAGGGGUGUGUGCCUCUGUAUGUUGCCAUGUGGGUGUCUGGGGUGGCCACACCCAGGUUUGGCCAGUCCAACCCCUGGCAUGAGGCUCCCAGCAGAUUUAUCAAGGGUGAAUGUGGCCCUUGGCCAAGAAAGUGUAUCUAUCCCUGUAUGAGUUUUCCUGACCUUAAAAAAAGAUGGUAGGCUGGAAUAUGCCAACAAGGUGCAGGCUAUGUCGCUUCUUCUACUAAGAUAUUGCUGUUUUCUGUAUGGACCUAAUUUAACACAAUGUCUGGAAUAGAAUCUAGAAAUCACGCCCCCCCCCCAAGGAAAAAGACCUCUUCCUGAGACACGAAAGAGCUGCUACCAAUCAGAGUAGAUAAUAUGAAGCUGGGUGGACAAUGGUAUAAAGCCUUUUCCCAUGCUCCUAUCUGAACAAACCCCACCUUGCUAAUAAGUGAGGAGGGGGAGUGAAGAUCCUUUUGCAUGGUAUUAAAUGCUUGGCAAGUCAUUUUUCUCACCCUUUUGUUUACCCCCAGGGCUGUAAGGAAGGUGUGCAGAAUUGGCUACAGGAGAAUCUUGGCAUCAUUCUUGGAGUCUGUGCAGGGGUUGCUGUCAUUGAGGUAAGAUUCCUCCCCCAACAGACACACACACACACACACACACACACACACACACACACACACAGUUUUAUAGAAUGCAUCCUGGACGGAUGGAUCUUGUACUUAGAAGCAAGGGACACAAGGUGUGUGAGCUCCACACACCAACAUUGCUCAUCUGGCCCCAUCAUUACAGUGCUAUGCAGUUGUGGUGGCUUCUGAGUUGUAGAUGCUUCACCAUCUCAGAACAGCGUAAGCGUGUGCAGAGUCUGGACUGUAAUGUGGCAUGAGACUAUUGUCUCGUGCUGACAACUCCUUUCCCAUUUCUCCUUUCCCAUUUCAACUCCUUUCCCUUAAAGGGAGUGAAAGGCGGGAUAUCAAAUCCAAACUCUUCUUCUUCUUCUUCUUCUCUGCCUUUGUUUUCUCUCAUACAGGGGUCUUGCCAAAACAGCCAGCACUGCAAUUAGUAAGAAAAAUCUAGCCUUGCCUAAUUAAUGGAGUCUGCUGUCAGGGACGGUGCUGAGGAGGGUUGCAUUGAGGAGGAAUGGUGGGAGCCUCCCCCUCCCCCUGCUCCAGAUCCUGAAUCUUCCCAGGAGCAGGAGGACAGUAUAGAUUUGGAACAGUGGUUUGCAGAGGGACAUAGUUCAGAAGGCUGAAGCUGGGAAAAACUGGGUGGGGAACAGCUAGGAGAAGAAACAUGGGAAGAGAAAGGGUUAACAGAUUCACAGUCUCUGGACAGCAUUCCUCCACCACCCUCUCCAAAGUUGAGAAGAGCCCAGAAAGUGGCAGAACAGAACCCACAGAGGGUGCAAGCUCAGAUUACAAGAUGUAGAAGUGAUGUAGGUUCAUAGGGACCGAAUGGGGUGGGCUCCUUAAUUGGGAGCACUGCCAUUAUUAGUAGAUGUGUUCUUUGUUCUCCUGCUGUGAUUAUUAAAGUUUGUAACCUGUAAGAAGACUCCUUUUCCUUUGUUCUGCUUAUCUACUGCCACGGGGGAGGAAACCGAUUGCCUGAAGCCUGACAUCUGCUACUUACGAACUGAACCUGCAAUGCUAAGAGGCUUUCUUGCCCAGUUUCACUUUAUUGCAGUGCUCAGCUUAACAAUAAAAGCGUUUUUUUUAAUGAAUAAAGAAGGGGGGGGGACUACCAAUUAUUUUUAUCUUAUUCGUUAAAUGUAUAGCUUGUCUUUCCUCCUGAAAGUGGGCCGAGGCAACAAACAAAAGAUUAAACAAUGUCCGGUGUGGUACAGUGAUUGCAGUAUUGGACUGGUCUGUGGAUGACCAGGGCUGAAAUCCCCACUCAGCCAUGAAGCUCCUCUGGCCAGCAGCUGCCUCUCUCAGCCAAACCUACCUCACAGGGCGGGGAAAUGGGAAUUAGCACAGGGAUCCCCCAGCCCUAGGGUGCUUGGAACCAACCAUCUCUUUGACCAGCUUCAUUUUUUGCUUACUCUUUGUAGCUCCUGGGGAUGAUUCUCUCGAUCUGCCUCUGCAAGAACAUACACACUGAAGACUACACCAAAGUGCCCAAGUACUGA